AUGUCGAUGGGACAGGACGAAAGCUCAGUCCGGGUGGCUUUGAGGUAAGUCUUCAAGCCCUACAUGUAAUUGUUUAUCAUUUGCAUAGAUGCAACUGUAGGCACAGUUACAUAGAUUAAUCUCAGGCCUUGCAUCAUAUUUUGCCACAGUUGCCACUCAAGGCGCCUUAUGAUUUCAUAGUAACAUUGUGAUACAUUUGUAACCAACAGGUCUAUAUUUUGAUGUCAAAUCUGUUGCCAUAUGAUUUGAUGGUCUUUGAGGACACAGACUAUAGGCUACUUCAAACCACUGCAUCUAUUGUGCGUAGGACAAUAUGAAUUUAGGAAUUUGCGGUUGAUAGUUUACAUAAACCACAAUCUCUAGGCUACCGUGUCGCGUGACACAGAAUUACUAAAGAAAUGUGUUAGGGCCUACACUGUAUCCAUGCAUGACGCAGCAUCAUCACACGCCCAAAAAAAUAAAACUGCAAGGUGCACAGAUGGCAGGUCCCAUCGCACAAUUUCCUCACCCACCGGCCAGGUAAUGGAUGAAAUCAUCCUUGUUUUGUAACGGCUGAACUGUUGGAAAGACAGAUCUGGCAUUUAUAGCUCUUUGGCCCCGUGCCGAAGUCUCGGUCAUCCUUUCAAAAAGAAGACAGUUGAGUGAUAGUUGAUCAAUGAAAGGAGCUUUUAGUGACAGUCUUCAAGGAAUAGACAUCCAACCGUUUACUAGGCUAGAGAGCUCUAACUUUCUAUGAAAUUGAUUAUUUGUUUACAGUGAAGAAAACAUUGCAAUGGCCUUCUUGAGCUCAUAAGUCUACAGAAAGAGUUCAGUAAAGAAUACAUUAUUUUGUUCAUACAUUAGGCUAUAAAAUGUGUUCAUCUUAGGAUCCUAAAAUCCUUUGUUAGUCCCCUAGGCAGGCUUGUCUUUUUCACAUAAAGACUGUUGAAUUAAUGUGUCAUCACAAAUCUAAUGUGUUGUUGCUGAAUAAGGGCCGCUCCCAACUAGGAGGAUACAUGCUGAGGUGGCACACUGACAGAAAUAUCUAGUGGCACAAUGAGGCACUUGGCACAAAUAUAAACCAGCCUCUCUUUCGCUUUGUGUGUCCGUCUCCGUCUCUUUCUCACACUCACACACACACACACACACACACACACACACACACACACACUGUAAAUUAGUGUUAAUAAUGGCUGACACAAGCAGCUGACUGAUACUGUAAACUCUAUGGUACUUUAGGACCAGGGUCUCCAUAGUAACUAGCCAUCGGAAAUCUUUUGACCCAGUCUCCAUCGUGUGUGUAGGUGUACGUGCAUGUGUACAUAUGAGUCUCCUAUUAUUGGUAUAAUUCUUCCGUAUUUUCUGACUUUUGUUUAUUAAACAGAUAGUAAUAGAGGGAUACAAUGGAAAGAUAGGAAGAGUCCCAGCAAGCAGGGCAGUGGGACGGAUUUAAACCCAUGCAAUUGUGCUGGUAGGGAACUGGCACUAAAUGCUAGACCACCUAAGACACACAAUUAUCCUAUUUAACAAGACUUUGACCUCCCUUGGUGCUGGCCUGCUUACAAGCUGCUAACAUACUCCCAUUGAACUGGGGUCAACCAACACAUGUGCGCUCCAACCUUUACUUAUGGGGAGUGUUUGUGAUUAUACAGAGUGCGUGUGUGUGUGUGCAUGUGUGUGAGAGUGUGUGUGCAUGUGUGUGAGAGUGUGUGUGCAUAAAUAGGGAGCCAGGACAAGUUUUAAUGGUUGUUAACACAUCGUUGGAAUGAGGGGAGGAGUUGAGGUGGAGAGGUACUUGUUGAACCAGCCAGAUAAGGUAAUUAUUUAAAUGUUAAGUACAUAAACUACACACAGCCUAAUGUCAGGGGUCCUUCAGUCAAGGUGAUGAGAGACGUGGGAGUGUGUGUGUACCGGUGUGUACAGUACCGUCUUAUUUGAAUGUGUUUGUGCGUGCCUGUAUGUGUGCAUGUGUGUUUUGUCAGUGUGUGUGUGUGCAUGUGUGUUCCAUUCAUUUGUAAGAACGGUGUUGACUACCAGAAUAACUGGCUUUCUGUUGAUCCUUAUUAACAUGUAAUGACUUCUGGAUAAGCCUGUUCACACACACCAAAUAAGCAUGACCUAUGAUAACAGCCACAUCAAGCCAGUAAUGCACUGUUGGCUCUGCUACACAGAACAUCAGUCUGUCUUUUGUAUUUCCUUUCUACCAAUAUUAGCCUAUAGUUGCUGUGGCAGUACAGGGCAGUUUCAGUGUAAAAAAUGUAAGUCAAGAAAAUCAGGACAACUUGUUUUUACACAUUAUGCACACUAUAUAUACAAAAGUAUGUGGACAUCCCUUCAAAUUAGUGGAUUUGGCUAUUUCAGCCACACCCGUUGCUGUCAGGUGUAUAAAAUUGAGCACACAGCCAUGCAAUCUCCAUAGACACACAUUGGCAGUAGAAUGGCCUUCCUGAAGAGCUCAGUGACUUACAUUGUGGCACCGUCAUUGGAUGCCACCUUUCCAACAAGUCAGUUCGUCAAAUUUCUGCCCUGCUAGAGCUGCCCCGGUCAACUGUAAGUGCUGUUAUUAUAAAGUGGAAACGUCUAGAAGCAACAACGGCUUGGCCGCGAAGUGGUAGGCCACACAAGCUCACAGAACAGGAUCGCCAAGUGUUGAAGCGCGUAGCGCGUAACAAUCGUCUGUCCUCGGUUGCAACACUAACUACCGAGUUCCAAACGGCCUCUGGAAGCAACGUCAGCACAAUAACUGUUAGUCGGUAGCUUAAUGAAAUGGGUUUCCAUGGCCGAGCAGCCGAACACAAGCCUAAGUCGGCAGGAGUGGUGUAAAGCUUGACGCCAUUGGACUAUGGAGCAGUGGAAGCACGUUCUCUGGAGUGAUGAAUCACGCUUCACCAUCUGGUAGUCCGACAGACGAAUCUGGGUUUGGCGGAUGGCAGGAAAACGCUACCUGCCCGGAUGUAUAGUGCCAACUGUAAAGUUUGGUGGAGGAGGAUUAAUGGUCUGGGGCUUUUUUUCUUGGUCCGUGCUAGGCCCCUUAGUUCCAGUUAAGGGAAAUCUUAAUGCUAGAGCAUACAAUUACAUUCUAGACGAUUCUGUGCUUCCAACUUUGUGGCUACAGUUUGGGGAAGAACCUUUCCUGUUUCAGCAUGACAAUGCCCCCGUGCACAAAGCGAAGUCCAUACAGAAAUGGUUUGUUGAGGUUGGUGUGGAAGAACUUGACUGGCCUGCACAGAGCCCUGACCUCAACCCCAUCGAACACCUUUGGGAUGAAUUGGAACGCCGACUGCGGGCCUAAUCACCCAACAUCAGUGCCCGACCUCACUAAUGCUCUAAUGGCUGAAUGGAAGCAAGUCCCCGCAGCAUGUUCCAUCAUCUAGUGGAAAGCCUUCCCAGAAGAGUAGAGGCUAUUAUAGCAGCAAAGGGGGGACCAUCUCCAUAUUAAUGCCCAUGAUUUUGGAAUGAGAUGUUUGAUGAGCAUAUACUUUGGUCAUGUAGUGUAUCUGGACAGAUGUGUGUGUGGGUGGGUGGGUACAUUGUGUCACUCCCCUCACCCACAGUAAAUACCUCAGUCCUGGUAUCUUUGAAUAAGACCACUAAGUUGAAUUGUUUCUGGUGUAGCAUUAGCAGUAUGAGUAUGCUGGUUUGUGGGGCACAUGAUAUAGUCCAGUCCUAUAGUUUUGAUAUGUAAUGUAGGCCUAAUUAUAGUCCUUUCCUUAAGUUCAAAUUUCCUGUAACUGAAGUGAAACUCUGUGAAGUCUUACCUCUUUAGUAUAUGAUGACCCUCUUUCUGGACUGAAGGCUAUUCCUUUCCGAGGCAGCACAUAGCCUACACUUAAACUGAACUUGCCCCAAAAUAGACUGUCUCCCACCACUGCAUUUUUUUCCGGAAGACCUCAGUUAUCUAUAUCAUGACCUCUGAGGAGUCAGCACAUUCUGCCAGUCCCAGACGCAUCCACCGAACAGGAAAACCCUGCGAUUGCGGAGCCGCCUGACCUAAAUCUGGACAUGUUUAUGGCACAGAAUGAGACCCUCCUACUGUUGUUGGAUUGUGCUUAGAAUGCAAGCAAAAAAAAUUUAGGGUAAUUAUACAGUAUAUUGUUUGGCAUGUGUACACCACACCCAUGCAAACAUGUGCUCAUUAUUUCUCUCAUCUCUUACAUCGCUAGAGAGAUAAGAGAGAGAGAGAGGAGAAGAAUAGAUAGAGAGAAGAGAAAGAUAGCGAGAGACCAGAGAGAGAGAGCUCCCUAUAUCUCCUUAGAAUACUCUCGCUCUCUAUCUCUCCUAUAUCUCUCCUAUAUCUCUCUCUCUCUCGCUCGAUAUAUCUAGUCGCUCCUCUCCUCUCUCUUCUCUCUCUCUCUCUCUUCUCUCUUUCCCCCUAUAUCUCUCUUUCCCCCAUCCCUCCCCUCUCUGAACUAAAGUGACCAUAAGUAGCUCUGCGUAUGUAGCACAAAUAGUAUUUGUAUUGCCCGCUAUUAACCUCUCUACUUCUAGCUGAGCAUAUUUUGUUGUCUGACUGCCAACCUAACCAGUCAUAAAUAGGUUUAUGUCCGUAAAUAGCACUCAUUUACAUUUACAUUUACGUCAUUUAGCAGACGCUCUUAUCCAGAGCGACUUACAUUAUGUAUUUUUUCAUACCCCUGUGGGAAUCGAACCCACAACCCUGGCGUUUGCAAACACCAUGCUCUAUCAACUGAGCUAAUCCUACGGCCAUUCCCUCCCCUACCCUGGACGACGCUGGGCCAAUUGCGCGCCCGCCCAUGGGUCUCCCGGUCACGGAGCAAUUGCGCUGGGCCAAUUGCGCGCCGCCCCAUGGGUCUCCCGGUCACGGCCGGCUACGACAGGCAGCUUGUUUUAGCAAGCUGUCUGUCACACUGUCGCCUCUUUAGUUACAGUAUGCAUAUUAUGCUUGGGGUAGUUUGAAAUACCCAUGGUAUGAUUUUCAAUAACAUAUAUUUUUUUAAUUGACAAAAAUUUCAAUGGAGCCAGUCCAUUGGUAUGUUUGUUUAGGGCAUUUCCAUGUAAAAAGCCCCAUGAGCACUAACAUGUGAAGUUCAUAGGAGCACAUCACAUUUGGUGUCAAAUGAAAGCUAAGAGUCUAUAUUUUUGAGAAAUGAAGGCAUAUAUACACUACCAGUCAAAAGUUUGGACACACCUACUCAUUCAAGGGUUUUUCUUUACUUUUGUACUAUUUUGUACAUUGUAGAAUAAUAGUGAAGUCAUCAAAACUAUGAAAUAACACAUAUGGAAUCAUGUAGUAACCAAAAAAGUGUUAAACAAAUCAAAAUAUAUUUUAUAUUUGAGAUUCUUCAAAUAGCCACCCUUUGCCUUGAUGACAGCUUUGCACACUCUUGGCAUUCUCUCAACCAGCUUCAUGAGGUAGUCACCUGGAAUGCAUCUCAAUUAACAGGUGUGCCUUCUUAAAAGUUAAUUUGUGGAAUUUCUUUCCUCCUUAAUGCGUUUGAGCCAAUCAGUUGUGUUGUGACAAGGUUGUGGUGGUAAACAGAAGAUUGUCCUAUUUGGUAAAAGAUCAAGUCCAUAUUAUGGCAAGAACAGCUCAAAUAAGCAAAGAGAAACGACAGUUCAUCAUUACUUUAAGACAUGAAGGUCAGUCAAUACGGAACAUUUCAAGAACUUUGAAAGUUUCUUCAAGUACAGUCGCAAACACCAUCAAGCACUAUGAUGAAACUGGCUCUCAUGAGGACCGCCACAGGAAUGGAAGACCCAGAGUUACCUCUGCUGCAGAGGAUAAGUUCAUUAGAGUUACCAGCCUCAGAAAUUGCAGCCCAAAUAAAUGCUUCACAGAGUUCAAGUCACAGACACAUAUCAACAUCAACUGUUCAGAAGGGACUGUGUGAAUCAGGCCUUCAUUGUCGAAUUGCUGCAAAGAAACCACUACUAAAGGACACCAAUAAGAAGAAGAGACCUGCUUGGGCCAAGAAACACGAGCAAUAGACAUUAGACCGGUGGAAAUCUGUCCUUUGGUCUGAUGAGUCCAAAUGUGAGAUUUUUGGUUCCAACCGGCGUGUCUUUGUGAGAUGCAGUGUGGGUGACCGGAUGAUCGCCGCAUGUGUAGUUCCCACCGUAAAGAAUAGAGGAGGAGCUCCAAGGCACAUUUAACCAGCAUGGCUACCACAGCAUUCUGCAGUGAUACGCCAUCCCAUCUGGUUUGGGCUUAGUGGGACUAUCAUUUGUUUUUCAUCAAGACAAUGACCCAACACACCUCCAGGCGGUGUAAGGGCUAUUUUACCAAGAAGGAGAGUGUUGGAGUGCUGCAUCCGAUGACCUGGCCUCCACAAUCCCCCGACCUCAACCCAAUUGAGAUGGUUUAUGAUGAGUCGGACGGCAGAGUAAAGGAAAAGCAGCCAACAAGUGCUCAGCAUAUGUGGGAACUCCUUCAAGACUGUUGGAAAAGCAUUCCAGGUGAAGCUGGUUGAGAGAAUACCAAGAGUGUGCAAAGAUGUCAUCAAGGCAAAGGAUGGCUAUUUGAAGAAUCUCAAAUCUCAAAUAUAUUUUGAUUUGUUUAACACUUUCUUGGUUACUACAUGAUUCCAUACGCGUUAUUUCAUAGUUUUGAUGUCUUCACUAUUAUUCUACAAUGUAUAAAAGAGUAAAAAUAAAGAAAAACCCUUGAAUGAGUAGGUGUGUCCAAAUCAUUUUCCAUCCCAAAGAAAUUUGAAUAAGCAAAGGUUUUGAUUUCUGGUCAAACAGAUGGAAAAGAGGUCUUAGAAAAACAUCUACCAGAAAAAUUCUUAAACAGUAUUAGAAAUGCAUCAAAACACAAUCAUGAUGAAGUAAAUAUCCCUGACAGAAUUUACUUGCCUUCUGUAAGUUAAAAAAAUAUUGCCUUGUGUCUUGUUAUUCUGUUACCAAAAACCCACAUAUCUUUAAGAUAUUUUCUAAUUUCUCUCCCUCAUGAGAAGGGAGGAUAAUGAAAGUUCACAGAAGUAACAAGUAAAGGCAGACCUACCAAUUAGUUAGUUUAUGAUUUAUUAAGUGAUUAAAACGUAUCAUUCUGUUACCAAAUUGACUGCAACUGAAUUGGCUACAUUGGGAAUUCAUAGGGUCAUCUGCUACUGUCCUCCCUUCCACUGGCAUACUGUUAUGUUCAGCUCAUAACUGUUUUCUUUCUCUUUCUGUCACGAGGAGGUGAGGAGGUCAAAGCAAGAGUGUGAAAACAGUCUCGACAACCCCACCCUCUCUCUCUCCCUGUCUCUCUUCUCUCCAUUUAAUGUCACCUCUUCUGGCUCUUCAGGGCCCUACAGUGUGACCAUUUUUACUCGCAUAUGCACCUAAUUCUAGCUUUAAUACCUCAAAUAUUUUUAAUUGUGCUCCUAAAUUUCUUUUGCGCCUACAUUUUUCAACUUAGGCACAGACUUGCUCCUUGCAAAAAAGGUCAGCGUAGAGCCCUGUGCUUACUGACACCUACCCACGAGCCCCCUCUCUUUCCAUUUAUUGUAACCAGCCCUCUCACCCACUGAGCACCGACCGACACCGGACAUCCAUGGAUGUUGAAAAUAGUGAUGGGGGGAAAAAAUCAAUACAGUUACAUAUCGGGAUAUUAUUUUAGAUGACGUAUCGUUUUGACAAUAUUGCAGUAUUAUUUUUGCACUAGUUGGCUGUAGCUGCACCAAAACUCCAGUAUAGCUUGUUCUCUAUCUUUUUUUAAAUAAGGAGCCAAUUUGUUUUCAGCACUUUUAUUUGCAUGACUGAACAAAACUUGUUGUUAUGGCUCUCUCUUGUCCCUCUGCAGCAGACAUAUGGUGAACAAUAUGUUUGGAACAUUGAAUCGCAAUAAAAUUACAGUAUCGAAUCGCAAUACAUACAGAAUCGUGAGAAUCUUGAGAAUCACAAUACAUAUCGUAUCGGCACAUAAGUAUCGUGAUAAUAUCGUAUCUAGAGGUCCCUGGCAAUUCCCAGCCCAAGUUGAAAAGUAGUUGAAAUUUGACGUCUGUUUCAUAAGUUUGGACAGUACAGUGCAGUAGAGCACAGGACAUGUCAUACAAUCUGUUUUUCAUAAAAACAUACAGCUGUGCUGGAGGCAGGUCGUACAAAUGAGUACUGCCCACCUGUCCUGCUGCUUCCACACUGGCAGCUAUACACACACACACACACACACUGUUGGAAUCUGCAGCUGCAUAAGGUGUGAGUGGAUGUGGAUACAUUUACAUCAGGUGGGACAACUUUCUUGCCAGGAUGCUCCACCUAUCAUGUUAAAUUACCAUUUCUGUGUAUGCAUUGUAAAGACAAGAAAGAUAGAUUAGUAACAUGAAGCAAGUGUUCGUUAAUCUUCACCCCUGGCUAUUUCCAAUGAACUUCCACUUGAAUGUUUAAGCUGUCUUAUCUCUUAUCCAGUGUUGGGGAAUAGUACUUUUAAAGGUAACUUGUUAAUGUUACUUCCAUUAAAAGUUACUUGUUACGUUACAACGUUACUUACUGUGGAAAGUAACUUGUUACAUUACUUUUGCGUUACCAAAAACAAAAACCCCUUUGAAGAUGCCUUGCGCAUGUUGGUAAUUCUUAUGCUAUUUCCUUAACACUAGAAAAGCCGGGUCUCGAUACCCCCGUACGCUACCUAAGCCAAUGACAUGUCUUCUUGAAUUCAACAUUCUAUGCCUAUCGUAAAGAAGUAUCAUUUGGUUGUGUUUAUGAAGGUCUUAAGUAACAUUAGAAUAUGAAAGAAAAUGUAUUUCAAAGAACACAAUAGCAUUUUCAUUAGUUUAUGUAACUGUAGGCUAUAUGCAGGCUACAAACGAAAAACCACUAAAACACCACAAUUCAAGUGUUAAAAUCCAUUAAAUAAACAACAUCACAGAGAUAAUUCAUUAUACAUCUGUUAAAGGCAGGUCUUAAGAAAACAUUAUGAAACUAAGUGUUGCGAGUACACGUAUGGAAUCGCGUGCACUUAUAGAAUUGCAAAAUAGUUAUAUUUUGAAAUAGCGCUCAAGUGGUCGUUUUAAAGAGUUCUUUGGCAAGGAUAGGUGAUUUGGAAAAUGCAGAAUCUGCUCUUUCUCUAUAUACAUCAAAACGCCUUACCUGCUUGUGACACUGUAGGAUAAUUGUUGGCCUCCAUUUCCCUGCCUCUGGGUCAAUUCCAAGCUGCGCUGUUCAUCAGAUUCUUCAUAUACAGUUUAAAAGAGAAGUUGUUUACAACCAAAUCCUUAGUUGUAUGUAAAUGGGAGGUUAUAGAAGGGUCCAGACACUUUUUUUGCAAUUUCACAUGUUUUUGAGAAACUUAACACAAACAGCGAUUAAUUUCCUCAUCCUCCUGAAAAAACAUGAACAAAUGCUCAAAAAACACCCAAAUAUGUUAUUUUAGAAACUGAAACGCUCUCAGGAUAGUGAUGCGGGUCUUUAGAUGUUGUACACAUGAAAUUGUAUCAUUCCAAACUUUAUCCGCAAUGUUAUAUUCCAUUCGUUAUAAAUCCAGCUGUUCCAUUCUCUGUGUAGCCUGCUGCUACAGGUAACUGCCUAAAAUAAAGGAAACACCAACAUAAAAUGUCUUAAUAGGGCGUUGGGCCACCACGAGCUGCCAGAACAGCUUCAGUGCGCCUUGACAUAGAUUUUACAAGUGUCUGGAACUUCCUGUGUGGAAGGCAAGCACCUGCUUUCAAUAUACUUCGUAUCCCUUGGCCUCCCGAGUGGCGUAGCCGUCUAAGGCACUGCAUCACAGUGCUUGAGGCGUCACUACAGACCCAGGUUCGAUCCCAGGCUGUUACAGCUGGCCAUGUCCGGGAGACCCAUGAAGCGGCGCACAAUUGGCCCAGCGUCGUCCGGGUUAGGGGAGGGUUUGGCCGGCCCGGAAUUUCUUUGUCCCAUCGCACUCUAGCGACACCUUGUGGCGGGCCGGGCGCUGCAAGCUGACUUCGGUCGCCAGCUGGACGGGGUUUCCUCCAACACACUGGUGUGGCUGGCUUCUGGGUUAAGACAAGUGAAAACGCAAAAAAAAGUGUCUGGACCCUUCUAUAACAUGCCAUUUACAUCAAACAUUGAGAUUUGGUUGUAAAAAAGCAAAAUUCUCCUUUAACAAUUGAUAAAAUUGUCACCCAUCAGACUACUGUCAAUUUAAUAUUGUAUAUGAUAUGUGUGAAAUUAGUUUCGAUAUAGUUUAGGUGUAGUUUUGAUGGGCCCUCAUCAGCUGGGGGGGGGGGGAUUUUCAUUUGUUAUUUGUGCCAAUAAGAAAAAGGGAAAUAAUAUUGUAAAAGUAACAACAUGCUUAUUUGAAAAAGUAAUUCAUGAACUGAUUACUUAAAUUGAAAAACUAACGUGUUCACUUUUUUUGUGGUAACAAGUAACUUAUCUGAGUACUCUAACGUGUUACAUUGUCACACGUUACCCCCUUGCCUUGAAAACAGCUUCACAUGGUGGCAGAUUUUUUGGGGCCAGCUUUUGUGUCACGCCCUCAUUUGUUGGCCCACUGUUGACACAUAGAUGGGAGUCCUUUCUCAACACAGCAAGGUUGAACGCCGGUGGAUCCCAAGCUUGACGUGCUUGAGGGCCUGGGGGUGGAGGCAGGGGAGUUUUUCAAAGGAAAAGCAGUGCUAUUCCCUCAAAAUAUUGGGCUUUGUUCUUUCCUCUUAUGUCAUUUUAAUCAGAUUGUGAUGGCCAUUGGGACAGUACAGUGCCUUCAUUUACAUUUACAUUUAAGUCAUUUAGCAGACGCUCUUAUCUAGAGCGACUUACAAAUUGGUGCAUUCAACUUAGGAUAGCCAGUGGGACAACCACCACUGGGGGAAGGGGGGUGUAGAAGGAUUACUGUUAGACUAUUCCAGGUAUUCCUUAAAGAGGUAGGGUUUCAAGUGUCUCCGGAAGGUGGUCAGUGACUCCGCUGUCCUGGCGUCAUGGGGGAGCUUGUUCCACCUUCAGAAAGUAUUCGUACCCCUUCACUUAUUCCACAUUUUGUUGUGUUAAAUUCAAAAUGGAAUUAAUAGAUAUUUUUUCUCACCCACAUACACACAGUACCCCAAAAUGACAAAGUGAAAACGUGUCUUUAGAUAUAUAUACAGUACCAGUCAAAAGUUUGACUAUUCAUUAAAGGGUUUUUCUUUAUUUUUACUAUUUUCUACAUUGUAGAAUAAUAGUGUAGAAAUCAAAACUAUGAAAUAACACAUGGAAUCAUGUAGUAACCAAAAAGUGCUAAACACAUUUUCAAAGUAGCCACCCUUUGCCUUGAUGACAACUUUGCACACACUUGGCAUUCUCUCAACCAGCUUCAUGAGGUAGUCACCUGGAAUGCAUUUCAAUUAACAGGUGUGCCUUGUUAAAAGUGAACCAUCCCACCUGGUUUGUGGCAUCCCAUCUGGUUUACGCUUAGUGGGACUAUCAUUUGUUUUUCAACAGGACAAUGACCCAAAACACACCUCCAGGCUGUGUAAGGGCUAUUUGACCAAGAAGAAGAGUGAUGGAGUGCUGCAUCAGAUGACCUGGCCUCCACAAUCACCUGACCUCAACCCAAUUGAGAUGGUUUGGGAUGAGUUGGACCACAGAGUGAAGGAAAAGCAGCCAACAAGUGCUCAGCGUAUGUAGGAACUCCUUCAAGACUGUUGGAAAAGCAUUCCUCAUUAACCUGGUUGAGAGAAUGCCAAGAGUGUGCAAAGCUGUCAUCAAGGCAAAGGGUGGCUACUUUGAAGAACCUCAAAUCUAAAAUAUAUUUUGAUUUGUUUAACACUUCUUUGGUUACUACAUGAUUCCAUAUGUGUCACACCCCUGAGUUAAUACUUUGUAGGAUCACCUUUGGCAGCGAUUAGAGCUGUGAGUCUUUCUGGGUAAGUAUCUAAGAGCUUUCCACCCCUGGAUUGUGCAAUAUUUGCAUAUUAUUGUUGAAAUAAUUCUUCAAGCUCUGUUAAAUUGGUUGUUGAUCAUUGCUAGUCAACCAGUUUCAGAUCUUGCCAUAUAUUUUCAAGUAGAUUUAAGACAAAACUGUAACAUGGCCACUCAGGAACAUUCAUUGUCUUCUUGGUAAGCAACUCCAGUGUAGAUUUGGCCUUGUGUUUUAGGUUAUUGUUCUGCUGAAAGGUGAAUUCAUCUCCCAGUGUCUGGUGAAAAGGAGACUGAACCAGGGUUUCCUCUAAGAUUUUGCCUGUGCUUAGCUACAUUCCAUUUAUUUUUCAACCUGAAAAACUCCUCAGUCCUUGACGAUUACAAGCAUACCCAUAACAUGAUGCAGCCACCACUAUGCACUAAUGUGUUUUUAUUGGAUUUGCCCCAAACAUAACACUUUGUAUUCAGGACAAAAAGUGAAUGGCUUCCUUCUUUUCACUCUGUCAAUUAGGUUAGUAUUGUGGAGUAACUACAAUGUUGAUCCAUCCUCAGUUUUCUCCUAUCACAGCCAUUAAACUCUGAUUAUUUUAAAAUCACCGUUGGCCUCAUGGUGAAAUCCCUGAGCGGUUUUAGUGGCGACCCAUACUUCUAUGGCAACAAGGUAAACAUCAUCCUCUUAGUGUGACUCCGAAGUGAUAAUUCUGGAGAAAGAUAAUAGGUUCGAGCCAUUUUAAUAUUGGGAUAGUGAAGCGUGCUAUGAAUAUGGGACCAAAUACUUAACUUUUUACUACUUUAUUGCACAUAUAAAUGAAUUUGUCCCAAUACUUUCGAUCCACUAAAAUGGGGAGACUAUGUACAAAACGUGCUGUAUUUCUAAACGUUUCUCCUAAUAUGGUGAAAAUACCCUCAAAUUAAAACUGACUGUCUGCAUUUUAACCUCAUUUUUUUAUUUCAAAUCCAAACUUUUGGAGUAUAGAGCCAAAAGAAGAAAAAAUACUUCACUGUCCCAAUAAUUACGGAGGGCACUGUAUGUACAGUAUCUCGCUAUUUCUGAGUAAUUUUCUUCAACCUCUGUCUCGCUCUCUCUCUCGUGUGUUGGGGAUUAUAUAUUGAGCAUUGCUGUUACGUUUGGAAUGUGUUGCCAAAACGGCAAGGUUGAUGUCAACAUACUACAGGAUUAAGAGGGAUUCAUAGAACUAGACUUGCUAUGGAGGGAUUAUACUGUGUUUGUUGGGGAACAUGGGGUGCCAUGGAUUGCACUGUAAGGCCUAUCGUUUCCCCAAGACUGAAACAGAAGCUUGGGCUGCCCUACUGUUCUGUCCCCUUGUUGUUGCUUCCAAGUGUCACUCAUAAUUAACACGUACUUAGUCAAGUGUACUCAUAAUCAAGUAUACGCUCAGCUCUGUAAUAGCUAUUAGAGCCAUGCUAAAGAUGCCUGUAAAGGAUGAUGCUGAGGAUGUCUGUCUCCUGUCUCCCUCUGGUUGGCGUAAUUUAACCUGUGUCCCAAAUGGCACCCUAUUCCCUAUAUAGUGCAGUACUUUUGACCAGGGCCCAUAGUCCCAAAAAUGGGAAAUGGUGCCAUUUGGGACACAUCACUUAGACUGGCUCAUUGGCAUCAUGAUGUCCUGCAUAGAUAUUAUUCCUUUAACUCCCACUGCCAUUACCAGUAUCCAUGGCAACCUCUUCCCUUCUUUAAAGUCAACCACUGCAACACAAAGAACAGUACAGUAGGCCUACACUGCAGACUGUUAGACAGCAGACACUGUCCUCCACAAACACAAAUGAAGUAUUUUAAACUAAACGUUUAAACUGUGAAGGUGUAAAUUGAGCACUGUUAUUGGUGAACACUAUAGUUAGGGUUGACCAGAGCUCAGUUUCAGGAACCCCAGUUUCCCUUCAUAGUGGAUAAAACUACAUGGCUGCAAGUCUUUGUCUAGGAUCAAAGCUUGAACCAAAGCUUGGCUCUUGUGAUACUACACAUACUUGGACUGUCUCAUACAUGUAUGUGGGCAUGCAAGCAUGUGUUUGUGUGUGUGAGACGUACAGUAGAGUUCCUCUGAGCCCCUUCAGACAGUAUUCCUCGUCUGUGCUCUCACUCUGGGUAGAGGUGUUUCUGAAGGUGUCUGUCCCAGCGACUGUAAUCUGAGUAUGGGUGUUAGAAGAGAAAGCUGACUGCUCAGGGAGCUAACCAGAUCUAUCACAUGCUACGUGAUGAACACACUAGCCCAGGCCCACCGUGCGUCUUGAUUGGCCUCCUUGCACACUCAUCUAUUGCACUUCGCUCUUCCCUAAAGAACAAUAAAAAUGUGAAACUGGACUGCCCUGUUGCAGCACCGGUGCUGAGUGUUGUAUUUGGUUUCUUCUGCCUUAUUUUCCCCUUCUGCAGAAAAUGUGCAUAAAGAAGUCUUUCGCCCCCACCUCUCCUCCCUCUAUCUUCUCCCUCCAUACGCACGGCCCUUAAUGAUUUAUGGAGAGUGCAGUGGUGCUGGAGAAGCGGCAGGGAGUGGAGGUGGUGAUGGUGCAGGGAUAGACAGCAGGUUGGGGCGUGUUCAGUUCCUCAACCAGACUUGUAAACGUGUUGUGUUUGGGUUGAGAAAAUGACCUCACCUUGGCUACAGAGCUAAAUGUUAAAAUGCUCAGAAACCAGCUAUUUAAGUGAUGAUUGCUCUGAGGGGGUCCGAGGGAAAUUUCUCCUUUGUUUUUUAAAGACAGAAUCUCACUAAAAAGCUAGCCUGAAUAUAGUCUUUAACCUGACAGACACAAAGACCUCUACGACUGGCAAUCGAGCCUAGCGUGAAUAGCCUAUAGCUUGCCCAAAAUGUAUCUUGCAUGUGUCUUAACAGAACAGACAGUUUGACGUUUCUUUAUAUGCAUUAAAAGUAUAUUGUCCCAUGGUUGUUGUUGAGCAUGUAGUUGCCUGUUUGGUUGUUUUCCAUAGGAUGGAGCAUUCGGUGCCUGAUGGGAAGUUAAACUAGCUUCUCUGGCAGAUUUUCCGAGCACUCUGACCCUGACCCUCAGGUCACCUUGGCCCCCCCUCCUCCACUCCACUCCACUCCCAAUGUCUGAUGGUCCCAAAUAGACCAGUCUUCCACCUGGCCUCUAACUCACAGGCCCCCGAUUUAUCUUUACCUAGUAGAGAGGGGCUCAUUCACUUCACUUAAUUUUUUACAUAUACUUUUUAUACAUGUUCGGUAUUCAAGUAUAUUAGUAUUUAAUUCUAUGUUGAAAUCAAAAUAAUUUAAUCUAGUGGAAUCAGAACCAUUCAUUUUUGACCUACUGUUUGAUGGGGUGGCAGGUAGCUUAGUGGUUAAGAGUGUUGUGCCAGUAACCGAAAGGUCGCUGGUUCUAAUCCCAGAGCCCAGAGCCGACUAGGUGAAAAAUCUGUCGAUGUGCCCUUGAGCAAGGCACUUAACCCUAAUUGCUCAUGUAAGUCGCUCUGGAUAAGAGUGUCUGCUAAAUGACUAAAAUGUAAAUGAUGUUCUGCUGACCUUUUUCACCACAUAGCCUACCUCAUGUGGGCAUAUAAAAGAGGAGUGUUUGACAUUGGUCUCACCUAUCCGCUACAGUACACCCCACUCCCGCCUUGUACGAUAUCGUAAUCCUGUGUUCCAGUUAUCUAGCGGACAUCCCAAUGACCUCCAGCCAGGCCGUUUAUCUCCCCCCAUCCCUUCAUCUCUCCCUCUGUCCGGCAGGCUGUGUAAUCCCGUAGAAGGUUUGGUCGUUGAUGGCAGCGGUGGGAUCCGGUGACAGUCAGACACAAUGAGUGCACUGUGUUCCGACCACAACAUUGUUCUCUGUGCCUGCAGGGGACAAUGCAGUCCUUAUAGACAAACACAGGGCAGGCAGGCAGGCCCACUGUCAGGUGCCUUUAGCCAUUAGUCUGACAGUGACUGGAGGAGUUGUAUACAGUAAGAAUAAACAUCUCCUGUUUGUGGACUAUGGCAUAAAGAUACAGUAUUAGAAAGUGUUACAAUAUGCAGUAUUGUAAAAGCUGUUUUAGGCCUUUUUGGGAAUCCAAUACUUUCAGUUUUUCCCCUAUAUUCAUUUAGCAGCAGUGUGCUAAAUAUUUGCCAUAAACUUAAAGAAUGUAGAAAAGAUAUUGGAGCCAUGUAUUUAUAAGAUCAUCUUUGAGAACUAACAACCACCAAAAUAAAAACUGGACAGUCAGGGAGAAUUUAAAAUAAAAAAAAUGUCAUGGCAAAAUGGAUUUUUGUUAUAACGUUUGAGUCACUCAGAUAACAUAAGAGCACGGCAUAAGCCAUGGCAAAAUGGUCGAAUUGCAGGAAAUUAGCUUUCCAAAUUCUGUCAGCCCUAUGGCAAAAUGUAUCGAAUUUUCAGUUGUCCAGCCAACAGGAGGGCAUUACUGACAUUCAGCAUUGGAGCUUAGUGCGUCUCUAGCUCACAUUCGUACUCCCCACACACACACUCCCAAUCUCACACACACGGACAUACACACAUAAAUACAUAUGAAGCCAGCUGGAUGGUUUUAUGGGGCAGAGUAUUGGGUCAGAGAUUCAGGGUAGCGUGAGGACAAGACCUAUUAGCUAAUGCAUAGGCCUACCGACUACUGUAUGUAUACCUGCUGCUGCUAGACUGGCCUUUUUAUAGGCUUGUAAGGGGAGUUAAUACCUUUGUUAACUCCUUGUUUGAAGUGUACAUUUAAUAGUACAACAACUUAAAUUAACAGUGGUGAAUGUUACUGUACAUAUUGAACACUUAACACACACAAAAAAUGUGAACACUAAAAACAGCAUUAUGUUUACAUAGGUUAAGCCAAUUGCAGUAUGUUUAGCUUUUGUUGACAGUGACAUUUAUCUCUGUCUCGCUCUCGCUCUCAUCUCUAUCUCCACCAGGAUUCGUCCUCAGCUGGCCCGGGAGAAGAUCGAGGGAUGUCACAUCUGUACGUUUGUGACCCCGGGGGAGCCCCAGGUGAUGCUGGGUAAAGACAAGGCGUUUACGUACGACUACGUGUUCGACAUGGACUCCUGUCAGGACAGCAUCUAUGCUAACUGCACUGAGAAACUGAUCGAGGGCUGCUUCGAAGGAUACAACGCCACCAUCUUUGCCUACGGCCAGGCAAGUCUCUUCAUGAUGGCCCUCAAAGACACCUCAACUGAUCUUGGUUGAUUGUUCUGACUGCAUGGCCGUUUGGGCCUUUGGGGGGAUAUUUGAGUGUAAAGUGUUGAUAUUUGCAUAGGCCAGGGGUUUUUGUUGGUCAGGUCAUGUGGCCAGGAAAAACUCUGGGCUAUAGCAGUAGGCUAUAGCAGUUGUCCCAUAUUCCACUAGUUUGCACUGUGCCUGACAUUGUAAGGCAGUUAUUGGGUAUUUGUGUAGUGCAAAAGCUUAUGUUGAAUCACUAGUCAAAGACUGAAUUGGUAUCAUAAUCCUGCCUUACACACGUGUGUGCGAGGUCCUGAAAACUCAAUGACCCCUCCAAUACUUAUUAGCUCUUGGAGUGCUUGUAUAGUUUUUAUAAAAGCUUUCUGAGAGUAUUGGGGGUGCUUCUGUCAUUGCAAGCCCUCAUAAAGCACUCCUAAUCUACAUAUAGUAAGACCACCAAAGCACCCCCUCUGUCCCGCUCCCUCUCGUUUCCUACCAAUUAAACAAAUCAUACUCUUCUCUAGCUGCCUCUUUCUUUAAGAGGUUUUUCUCUUUCUUUUUCCUGUCAGUCUGACUCUGUAGCAAUGGAAAUUACAUUGAAGUUUGGCUUCUCUCCCCUUCACCCCGGUUGCCUUGGCGACUGAGCCUUUUUCUCUCAUAGUAGGGGCUUUCUAGGACUCAGUCUGUUUGAUGGGAGGGGGAUUUAAAUGGUGGGGGGUCUUAAGUGAUGCGGUUAAGUAGGCAUACACACAUCUAAGAUAUCCAUACAUUUUUAAUGUGAACUCCUCUUCCCCCCUUCCAUUCCCCACCACCACUGCUGCAGUGAUGGUGACCUAUUUAUUGUCUGUCAUCCAUACUGUAUGGACAGUAGCUACAGUGGUUGGCCCAGGCUUUAGGUAGCCUGGUUCGGCCAAGCCCAGCUCUGCUCAGUUUGUCCCUGUCAGGCUGUAGAGGACAUUUGGUAGAAUAUGUGUCUGUCUAGUAUGUGCUGGGAUGGGAUGGGAUGGACUAAUCCAGUUUUAACACUUUCCCCACAGUCUGACCCCGUAAGCAGAAUCAGAGGGUUCUUAACACUUGGAUACAAACACAGCAGAUUUAAAUGAAACUUUAAUUUAUUUCACAGAAUUAAUUAAUUAAACUCUUGUUAUCUCUCUCUCUCUCCUCCUUGCUCAUUCCCACCCUCUCCUUUCCUAAUCCUUAUCUUUUUUCCCCCUCCUCAUCCUCUCCCCACUCUUUCCUAUCUCCCUCUCACGCUUCUAUUCAUCUUUCCUCUCCAUCGCUGUCUUAUCAUCCUCUCUCUCACCUCCUCCUCCUCCUCCUCCUAUAGACGGGGUCAGGUAAGACCUACACCAUGGGUACAGGGUUUGAUGUGAACAUCGGGGAGGAGGAGCUGGGCAUCAUUCCCCGGGCGGUCAGCCACCUCUUCAGGGGCAUCGAGGAGCGCCAGAAGGCCGCUAAAGAGCAGGGACGCCCCGUGCCCGAGUUCAAGAUCAACGCACAGUUCUUGGAGGUAUGGACUACGGCGUUACAAAGGAGGCACAGAGACACGGACAAGGAAUAUAUGUGACAUUCUACUUGGAAAUAUGUUAUACAGUGAGAUUGGGAAAGGGACAGGGACAUACCCCCACUCUCCAACACAGGAUUAUGUGAAAUAAUACAUGACUAGACAUUACAGCCCCAUGCCAGGCCUAUGUGUUGACACUUGACAAUUUAACUAGCUCCCAUCUCUAGUCUCCUACAUAAAGAUUACUCAGACUGUUGACUGUGGACAGCUGUCAGAGGGCGGGAGCAGGGCUGUUAGGGUCACGUUUCGGAGUGGCAAGGGUUAACACAGAAUGACUGAACAGUUGUGUUUGCUUGUCAUACUGACAGACAGAGGCCACAUGUGGACAGAAUGAGUCUACUCAUUUUAAGUAAUGAGUAAUAUACUGUAUCUGUCAUAGAAAAGGAGUUAGUAGAAAGGAUAUGACUACCCAAUAAUGUAAGCAAUGAAAAAACACAUCCAAUAUGGUUGCCAGUCCAGCCGCCUCAGAACAGUGAAUGGGAAUGUCCAUUCUACUAAAACAUACUAAAACAGAUGUAAUUUACGCACAAACAAAGGGCUUUAAAGUAGAAGUUAGCUUUUUUACAAACAAAUCUCUAUUUUGUAUCUAAAUGGCAUGUUAUAGAAGGGUCCAUACCCUUUUUUGCGAUUUCACUUGUUUUUGAGAAACUUACCCCAACCAGCGAUUCACUUCCUUAUCCUCGUUGUGCAGUACGGGGGCUCUGAAAAAACACCCAAAUACGUCCUUUUAGAAACUAAAAAGCUCUCAGUAUAGUGAUGCAGGUGAUGAGAAAUUGUGUCAUUCUGAAAUGUAGCCACAACGUUAUAUUCCAUUUGGUGCGACUCAAGCUGUUUCCCUAACCAGCUGUUCAAUUGUCCAUGUAGUCUGCUGUUAGACGGAGAGGGAUCGCUCGAGUCACAACAAAAUGGAAUGUAACGUUGUGGAUAAAAUUUGGAUUGACACAAUUUUGUGUACAACAUCUAAAGACCUGCAUCACUAUACUGAGAGCUCCAUUUCUAAAAGGACGUAUUUGGGUGUUUUUGGAGCAUUUGUUCAUGUUUUUUCAAAACCAAGUGAAUUCACAAAAAAAGUAUCUGGACCCUUCUAUAACAAAAAUAGAGAUUUGGUUGUAAAAAAAGCUAAAUUGUCCUUUAAGACUUUGACCCUUUAAAACUUUAAUCUUGGCGGCCAUUUAAAAUGUCUACAUAUUUUGGCAUUACAGUAUUAGGAAUUAGCGUCUUUAAAACGUAUACUCUACAUUAAUCCAUGGGAAAACAGAUGGGAGAGGUUUUGUUUGCGUCUUAGGUUUACCCCCCUUGGCCUCUUGUAACAACCAGAGAUGUGAAUGACUAAAUGAAUGGGUAACACUUCAUUUGGGUAGUCUAUCCAUAACAUGUCAACAGCAUGUCUGUCGACUAGCAACAGGACGUCCAACAAAUCAACCAUAAUAAAUACAGUGCAUUCAGAAAAUAUUCAGACCCCUUGACUUUUUCCACAUUUUAUUACGUUACGGCGUUAUUCUCAAAUUGAUUAAAUUGUUUUUUCCCCUCAUCAAUCUACACACAAUACCCCAAUAUGACAAAGCAAAAACAGGUUUUUAGACAUUUUUGCACAUAUAUAAUAAAUUAAAAAUUUGAAUUACAUUUACAUUAGUAUUCAGACCCUUUACUCAGUACUUUGGCACCGAUUACAGCCUCGAGUCUUCUUGGGUAUGAUGGAACAAGCUUGGCACACCUACAGUGGGGAGAACAAGUAUUUGAUACACUGCCGAUUUUGCAGGUUUUCCUACUUACAAAGCAUGUAGAUGUCUGUAAUUUUUAUCAUAGGUACACUUCAACUGUGAGAGACGGAAUCUAAAACAAAAAUCCAGAAAAUCACAUUGUAUGAUUUUUAAGUAAUUAAUUUGCAUUUUAUUGCAUGACAUAAGUAUUUGAUACAUCAGAAAAGCAGAACUUAAUAUUUGGUACAGAAACCUUUGUUUGCAAUUACAGAGAUCAUACGUUUCCUGUAGGUCUUGACCAGGUUUGCACACACUGCAGCAGGGAUUUUGGCCCACUCCUCCAUACAGACCUUCUCCAGAUCCUUCAGGUUUCGGGGCUGUCGCUGGGCAAUACGUACUUUCAGCUCCCUCCAAAGAUUUUCUAUUGGGUUCAGGUCUGGAGACUGGCUAGGCCACUCCAGGACCUUGAGAUGCUUCUUACGGAGCCACUCCUUAGUUGCCCUGGCUGUGUGUUUCGGGUCGUUGUCAUGCUGGAAGACCCAGCCACGACCCAUCUUCAAUGCUCUUACUGAGGGAAGGAGGUUGUUGGCCAAGAUCUCGCGAUACAUGGCCCCAUCCAUCCUCCCCUCAGUACGGUGCAGUCGUCCUGUCCCCUUUGCAGAAAAGCAUCCCCAAAGAAUGAUGUUUCCACCUCCAUGCUUCACGGUUGGGAUGGUGUUCUUGGGGUUGUACUCAUCCUUCUUCUUCCUCCAAACACGGCGAGUGGAGUUUAGACCAAAAAGCUCUAUUUUUGUCUCAUCAGACCACAUGACCUUCUCCCAUUCCUCCUCUGGAUCAUCCAGAUGGUCAUUGGCAAACUUUAGACGGGCCUGGACAUGCGCUGGGUUGAGCAGGGGGACUUUGCGUGCGCUGCAGGAUUUUAAUCCAUGACGGCGUAGUGUGUUACUAAUGGUUUUCUUUGAGACUGUGGUCCCAGCUCUCGUCAGGUCAUUGACCAGGUCCUGCCAUAUAGUUCUGGGCUGAUCCCUCACAUUCCUCAUGAUCAUUGAUGCCCCACGAGGUGAGAUCUUGCAUGGAGCCCCAGACCGAGGGUGAUUGACCGUCAUUUUGAACUUCUUCCAUUUUCUAAUAAUUGCGCCAACAGUUGUUGCCUUCUCACCAAGCUGCUUGCCUAUUGUCCUGUAGCCCAUCCCAGCCUUGUGCAGGUCUACAAUUUUAUCCCUGAUGUCCUUACACAGCUCUCUGGUCUUGGCCAUUGUGGAGAGGUUGGAGUCUGUUUGAUUGAGUGUGUGGACAGGUGUCUUUUAUACAGGUAACGAGUUCAAACAGGUGCAGUUAAUACAGGUAAUGAGUGGAGAACAGGAGGGCUUCUUAAAGAAAAACUAACAGGUCUGUGAGAGCUGGAAUUCUUACUGGUUGGUAGGUGAUCAAAUACUUAUGUCAUGCAAUAAAAUGCAAAUGAAUUACUUAAAAAUCAUACAAUGUGAUUUUCUGGAUUUUUGUUUUAGAUUCCGUCUCUCACAGUUGAAGUGUACCUAUCAUAAAAAUUACAGACCUCUACAUGCUUUGUAAGUAGGAAAACCUGCAAAAUCGGCAGUGUAUCAAAUACUUGUUCUCCCCACUGUAUAUUUGGGGAGUUUGUCCCAUUCUUCUCUGCAGAUCUUCUCAAGCUCUGUCAGGUUGGAUGGGGAGCGUCGCUGCACAGCUAUUUUCAGGUCUCUCCAGAGAUGUUCGAUCGGGUUCAAGUCCGGGCUCUCGCUGGGCCACUCAAGGACAUGCAGAGACUUGUCCUGAAGCCAUUAUUGCGUUGUCUUGGCUGUGUGCUUAGGGUCAUUGUCCUGUUGGAAGGUGAACCUUUGCCCCAGACUGAGGUCCUGAGCACUCUGGAGCAGGUUAUCGUCAAUGAUCUCUCUGUACUUUGUUCCAUUCAUCUUUCCCUCAAUCCUGACUAGUCUCCCAGUCCCUGCCACUGAAAAACAUCCCCACAGCAUGAUGCUGCCACCAUCAUGCUUCAUCGUAGGGAUGGUGCCAGGUUUCCUCCAGACGUGACGCUUGGCAGUCAGGCCAAAAAGUUCGAUCUUGGUUUCAUCAGACCAGAGAAUCUUGUUUCUCAUGGUCUGAGAGUCCUUUAGGUGCCUUUUGGCAAACUACAAGUGUGCUGUCAUGUGCCUUUUACUGAGGAGUGGCUUCCGUCUGGCCACUCUAACAUAAAGGCCUGAUUGGUGGAGUUCUGCAGAGAUGGUUGUCCUUCUGGAAGUUUCUCCCGUCUCCACAGAGGAACUCUGGAGCUCUGUCAAAGUGACCAUCGGGUUCUUGGUCACCUCCCUGACCAAGGCCCUUCUCCCCCAACUGCUCAGUUUGGCCGGGCGGCCAGCUCUAGGAAGAGUCUUGGUGGUUCCAAACCUUUUCCAUUUAAGAAUGAUGGAGGCCACUGUGUUCUCGGGGACCUUCAAUGCUGCAGAAAUGUUUUGGAACCCUUCCCCAGAUCUGUGCCUCGACACAAUUCUGUCUCGGAGCUCUACGGACAAUUCCUUCGACCUCAUGGCUUGGUUUUUGCUCUGACAUGCACUGUCAACUGUGGGACCUUAUAUAGACAUGCGUGUGCCUUUCCAAAUCAUGUCCAAUCAAUUGAAUUUACCACAGGUGGACUCUAAUCAAGUUGUAGAAACAUCUCAAGGAUGAUCAAUGGAAACAAGAUGCACCUGAGCUCAAUUUCGAGUCACAUAGCAAAGGGUCUGAAUACUUAUGUAAAUAAGGUAUUUAUGUAGAUUGAUGAGGAAAAUAUUUAUUGAAUCCAUUUUAGAAUAAGGCUGUAACGUAACAAAAUGUGGAAAAAGUCAAGGGGUCUGAAUACUUUCCGAAUCAACUGUAAGUUAUUUACCUUUUAUUCACCCACUUUUCAUCAAACUAGGCCCUUGGCAGAGCCUUGUAUUUAGAUGUACUGCUCUAGACCUUGGGCACCAACACAAAACCAAGUUACGGUUGUAGAAAAGCCAUUCAUAGAGGUCACACCAGAGAGAACGGGAGUGGUGGCAAAGCCUGUUACAUUCUAUAAAAAAAAAUCUCUGGUGUAGGUGUGUGUUAGAUAAUGUAUCUUGAUAUGGAGUCUGUCUCACAGUGCUACUGUUGUCUCCUGUGUCUUUUAGACUCUGAGAGUCCUCUGCUGUUUAACGUUGUUCAGACUCUGAGUCAGACAGUCGUGUUGCUCACUCUCUUUCAGUCUGACAUAAUCAGAUAUGGUCUUGCAUAAGUGUGAUAUCAGAACUGGAAUAGGAUACAAACUAUCAGAACCUAUGAUAUUUUCAUGGAAUUUCACAGUGCUCAAUUCACCACGGUAAGAAAUAAGUAUAAUAUUGUGUGUUUAUGUGUAUGUCCUGGUUUAGCUUUACAAUGAGGAGGUGCUGGAUCUGUUUGACUCUACGAGGGACCUGGAGGCUCGGACGCAGAAAUCCCACAUUAAGAUCCACGAGGACGCUAAUGGAGGAAUCUACACAGUGGGGGUGACCACACGGACUGUAGCCUCUGAGGCAGAGGUAUGUACGUUAGUGGUUCGCGGGUCAGCUGUUUUUUCACCUGCACCCGCCCUUAGCUGCUAAUAACCCAUCCGCAACCGCCUGACCAAAUGUGAUAAAGUGAAAAUCUGAGGCCCUAACCCGCAAAUAUAGAAAAUGCGCUAUAGGCUACAGUCAAAGACUGCAGAACGAUUUUUUGACAUGGGGUGCAGGAUUUUGUUUUCCCUGAUUAGGAUAUGUUUCUGCUUAUAAUUUCUGACAUUUUGGUAGGCUAUUCGUUAGUCAACUUGUCUAUAAUUAAAUACAUGUAGCUUCUCUUCUGUCAUUAUGCUAUAUGUUGUCCUAGAAGACUAAAUACACCCUUGCUCAGCAGAAUAAUGUCUUAGAUCGAUAGAAUGAAUGCUUCAAUCUAGUUUUCUCUUUCAUCUUUCUCGGAGCAAAGACGUUUAGGGACUGGGGAGAAAAUACGAUAAAGCAAAAAAACUGUGACCAGUUGUAAGGAAAAAGAAAGCUGAAAACGACCCAACGUGUUUCGGAUAAGAUUUCAGUUUGGCUUUGAUGCAUAUUUUAUUUGGUUGAAAUACUACCAGCUUUUAUGAUGCUUUUAUGAUGAAGACAGCACCUCUACAGAUCGUACUAACUGAGCAUCACAUUCUCUCAAGAUGCAGAAAUAAAUCAUAUUUCUCCACUCCUGUUCCCAAGUCCAAAUUUUUCCUACAUUUGGUGUAUCAUUUUACUGCAAGGAAUGCUUAUUACUAAGGCUAUAGCCCUAUUCGCACGGGACUAGUUGGUUAUGUAUUUAUUACCCCAUAAUGUCCGUUAUUCCAGAGGACAAUUCGGACGUUUUUUCCAAACGGCCGCCUGUAAAAAAAAAAAAAAAAUCUGUAUAUAAAUUCACAGUUACGACAGAAGCCUGGAGGUUUUUUUCUAGGUGUGAAGAUAAGUCCAGGCGAUAACAGGCUACACUGAUAACUGGACCUUUGUUCACAAGUUUCUAAACCAUACCAGAGCGCUCAGGACCUCAGACUGGGGCGAAGGUUCACCUUGCAACAGGACAACGACCCUAAGCACACAGCCAAGACAACACAGGAGUGGCUUUGGGACAAGUCUCUGAAUGUCCUUGAGUGGCCCAGCCAGAGCCUGGACUUGAACCUGAUCGAACAUGUCUGGAGAGACCUGAAAAUAGCUGUGCAGCGACGCUCCCCAUCCAACCUGACAGAGCUUGAGAGGAUCUGCAGAAAAGAAUGGGAGAAACUCCCCAAAUACAGGUGUGCCAAGCUUGUAGUGUCAUACCCAAGAAGACACGAGGCUGUAAUCGCUGCCAAAGGUGCUUCAACAAAGUACUGAGUAAAGGGUCUGAAUACUUAUGUGAUAUUUCCUAUUUUUUAUUUUAAUACAUUUGCAAAAAUGUCAAAAAAAACUGUUUUUGCUUUGUCAUUAUGGGGUAUUGUGAGUACACUGAGAUUUAUUUUAUUUUUUUACAUCCAUUUUAGAAUAAGGCUGUAACGUAACAAAAUGUGGAAAAAGUCAAGGGGUCUGAAUACUUUCAGAAUGCACAGUUUUCUUGCUCAUACCGCGAGUAGCACCUGUCAAAUUAAGACAUUUCUCUCAAAACACAGGGAUGUCGGUUUGCACCGGUCUAGUAUUAUCAGAGGACUUUGGAGUUUACAAAAAAGUAUGCUACAGUUCCCUUGACAUGCCAUAGGCCUAUUUGAAGUCCUGUCUUGUGACUGUCGAAUUUGUACAGCACCUCAGAAUCAUCACACUUAACAUAGCCGGCACUGCUAUCCUCUUUUACCACUUCACCAAAUAUUUUCCAAACAUUACUUUUCUGGCCCUCCCUUCUCUUUUAUUUUCAGCUCUCCAUACGCAGCUUUUUUCUUAUUGAAUUUAACUUCGACAAUGUCCUUUGCCCCAUUCCCAAAAGCAUUAUUUGGAGAUUGGCUGUGCAGGCUAUUUGACGCGCGUACAGUUACGCCCUAAAAGCUUAGGUUUAUGCACUAAUACCAGGUAGCCUAAAAUAGUGAAAUAAAAACCUCAAUGUAGACUAUAUAAAUUGCACAAUAAUUAUACAUUCAUGGAUUUUUGAAGGUACUCUUUAUUCAACCUGCCCGCCACCCACCCGCCCUUCAGCCACACAAUAUUUAAAGACCCUAAACCCGUCCGUAGGGACGUACGUAAUGUACGUACAUACGUGCGUGCGUGUGUGUGGUAUCCGCUGUAUGUUGUAUGUGUUGGGAUGUGUGGUCCAGGGGUCCAGGAGAAAUGUGUAUGUCUGUGUAUAUGUAAUAUAGGAAAUUAAAAACUUGAAAUACACUAUAAAAUGAUCAUUACACAGUGAUAACACACAUAUCCAAUCUCUUUCUCCUCUCUCAGAUGAUGCAGUGUCUGAAGCUGGGGGCUCUGUGUCGUACCACGGCCAGCACCCAGAUGAAUGUCCAGAGCUCCCGCUCUCACGCCAUCUUCACCAUUCACCUGUGCCAAGUCAGAGUCUGUGCAUCCGACAAUGUACGUACAAGAGCAGCUUAUUCCUAGCCUUAGUACCAGUCCUUUUGUGCUCUCUUGCCAACUCCUAUCUUAUUCCGUAUUUACACUUUUGUUACUGAUGUGAUGCCUGUCACUUGCUAUGACACUGUUAGAGCAUGUUAUGAUAUGUUAUGACAGUGACUGAAGUUGCUCCUAAUCUUGACGUUACAGAAAUGAUAUAGCCACUCCUAUGCUAUCACGUCAUAUUAUGCUAGGUUACGUAAAUGACAUACUGUAUAAAGAAAUGACUCUUAUUAUGGUACUGACGUACUAUGUUUAUGGUAGGCUACUGACAUUCAAUGUUAUGUUGCAUUAGUGACAGGGACAGUGCUUUUGAAUAACGGUACUGACACAAAGGCAUCCAUCUGGGGGUUUUCUAACUCACAGCAAGACAACAACGAGACGGACAGCAAGAUUGCUAACUGCAACUCAGAGAUGGAAGAGUAUGAGACACUGACGGCCAAGUUUCACUUUGUGGACCUGGCCGGGUCAGAGAGGCUGAAGAGAACCGGGGCGACCGGAGACCGAGCUAAGGAGGGAAUCUCCAUCAACUGUGGACUGGUGAGACACUGGUUGUGUCCGAAAUGGACCGUAUUCCAUAUAGUUAGUACACUAAUUUUGAUCCACCCUAUUCCCUAAUACACUAGCAGGUCUAUCCAACCCUGUUCCUGGAGAACUACGCUCCUGUAGGUUUUCACUCCAACCCCACUUGUAACUAACCUGAUUCAGCUUAGCAACCAGCUAAUUGUUAGAAUCAGGUACGCUAGAUAAGGGUUGGAGCGAAAACCUAUAGGAUGGUAGCUUUCCAGGAACAUGGUUGGAGAGCCCUCACUAUAAGAAUCUGGUCAAAAGGGCUCUGGUAAAAAUGUGUGCAAUAUAGGAAUAUAUCAUUUUUGUCCUUUAACCCCCUAAGGUCGAUGUCCGCACCCAAAUUAGCAUAACACAACAAUCCCCAUCAAAAUCCAUCGGUUUAAGCUAGAGAUAUCUGUUUUUUUGCAUCGGAUGCGUCUCAAUCCACCCCAUCUGCCUAUAUAACACUUCCGCAUCUGCGGUGAAAGCUGACAGAGCUAAAGCAGCGUUUGUCAGACCAUGAGACAUCCCGAAAAUCAGUCUUCAUACAGAAUCAUCUGUAGCGUCCCAACGGUUUGGCCUAAAAACUAUAAUGACCCUUCUAUGGAAAGAUGAGUCUCUCACAAACAUGAUGGUGUUCUCUGUUUUAUAUAUAUAAACAUCCCGAUCUUUCUUAUAUGUCUACGAUAUAGGACAGACUCUUCAGAACAAACUUCCUUUAGAUUAUUUUUGGGGGACUAUCUGUUGUUCCAUGUAGUGAAUCUGUUAUUCAAUGCAUUUGAAUGGGCUAAUACAGUAGUAGUAAGGCCACAUUUCUUUUCUUCAUCAAAUAUGUUUUGGAUAUCGUUUUUUUCUUAACAGAGUGCCAUCUAGUGGUUAAAAGCAGUACCUUGCAAAAACUGUGCGACGUCAUAACGGCCCAGUAUGGACAUAAAUAGAACCAGAAUGUUUCUGAAAAUAACCUUCAAUAUCUGUUUUGCUGUGUGGUGUUUCUUGGUCAUGUCUUCCAAACUGCAGCUUGCUCUUGGAAAUGUAAUCAGUGCUUUGGGAGACAGAAGCAAGCGAUCCACGCAUGUGCCUUACAGAGACUCCAAACUCACUCGGCUUCUACAGGACUCCCUGGGUGGAAAUAGGUCUGUGUGCGAUUGGUCAAGCCUUUCUCCCUCUCUUUGUGUCAGGGUUGGUGUCACAGUCAGUUGGUGUGCAUGUCAAACUAAAUGCUUUUUCUUAACUGAUACAGUAUUUAUUAGAUGUCUACAACACAAUUGCUACAAGCAACCAUAUCCAUCUGAACUACAGAUUGCAAAUGCUAACUCUCUGUGCUUCUUUUGUAAAUCCACCUUCCCCUCUGUCAGCCAAACGAUGAUGAUAGCGUGCAUCAGCCCGUCUGACCGGGACUUCAUGGAGACCCUGAACGCACUGAAGUAUGCCAACAGAGCCAGGAACAUUAAGAACAAGGUGAUGGUGAACCAGGACAAGGCCUCCCAACAGAUCUCUGCUCUCAGGACAGAGAUCGCCAGGCUACAGAUGGAACUGAUGGAGUACAGGACGGUGAGAGAGUGAGAGAGUGAGAGAGUGAGAGAGUGAGAGAGUGAGAGAGAGUAAACGUGAACUAUAUGAAAAGGUGAGGUAUGACCGUCCAAAAAUAAAUUGCCCUUAAUUAAUUCUAAUUCUGUCUAAACCCAGGGUAAGCGUAUGGUGGGUGAGGAUGGUAUGGAUAGCAUCAACGACAUGUUCCAUGAGAACAGCAUGCUGCAGACAGAGAACAGCAACCUGAGGAUCAGGGUCAAAGCCAUGCAGGAGACUAUUGACGCACAGAGGGCCAGACUCACCCAGUACCUCAGUGACCAGGCCAACCAGGUCCUCGCCAGGGCAGGUGAGGGUGUGUGUGUGCUUAUGUCUUUAUGACCACGUCCAUUGUAAACAGUUUAGAGGUGUGUUUGCUAAGGGUUUCCUGUUCUGUUUAUUCUCAGGUGAGGGGAGUGAAGAGAUUGGGAACAUGAUCCAGAGCUACAUCAAAGAGAUUGAGGAUCUCAGGUAAACUUUUCUGUCUUCAUACAGUACAUACUGACAUAGAGGUCAAUCAAAACAUUUUCUCCCUACUGAACAUGACCCAGCAUAGCACAUAGACAACAUUGAGCUUUAGGAAUAUGUCAGAAACUGAAAUUCAAUUAAAUUCCACUGUUAUUCCCCAUAGAGCCAAACUCCUGGAGAGCGAGUCUAUGAAUGAGAACCUUCGUAAGAAUCUGUCCCGUGCCUCCUCACGGCAGUCCUUUUACCCCGGAACCUUCUCCGCUGCCCUCUUGGCACCCGAGAAGGAGGCCUCAGACAUCAUCGAGAUGGCUAAGAAAGACCUGGAAAAACUCAAGAAGAAGGAGAGGAAGAAGAAGAAGAGGUAAAGAGUGAACAUGGUUAAUUGUAGGACCAAAUUAUUUAUGUUUUCUUGUUAAAAAACAUACGUUUUUUUAACAAUUCUUGUAUGACCUCAAUGUGGGGCCAUGGUGAGUAGCAGUUUGUGAUCUCUAUGUUUUUCCCUAUGACUUCUUUUCCUUCCUCUUCUCUGUACUCCCUGGUUUCCUUCUUUCCCUCCUUCCUUCUUUCCUUCCUUCCUUGUCACAUCUCUCUCCCCUGUCCUCUCACCUGUGACCUUUGACCUUGACCUCUCCCUGAACUGAAGGCUCCAGCAGCUGCUGGAAGAGAGGGAGGAGGAGUUAGUAGAGGAGGAAGAUGGCAGGUUUGUCACAGGUUCCCCCUCCCUUAACCUCCCUGCCAUUUCCAUCCCUCACUUCUUCUAAACAACCAUUUUGUUUUGUUUGACAGGCAGUUGCCACGCCAGAAGGGAAACCUGAGUUCAGUUCCUUCAGUUCUUCCUGUGUUCACUCGUUUCUUUCAAUUUGCUCACCCCGACUGACUGAUAUGAUGUUUUCAUCCACCAUCAAUGGCCUUAUCAUGAUCUUUAUUAACACACUUUAUUUAUGAAGAUAUAAAAACGGGAUUCAUUUACAGAUAAUUAUUAUACUGUACUAAACAAUUUUGUGCUCCACUGCAUAUUCUGGCAUGCUAUUUUGCUUUCCUUCGGUUUUUUUCACCUCUAGAAAAAAAAUACUAUUCAACUUCUGCUUAGUUCAAUGUUGUCUCACCUUGCCCCUCUGUUGUUCCCUACUAGUGUUGUCAAGGAGGAAGUCCCCGACAAUGACCAAGACAAUGGGAUGGAAAAAGAGCUGACUGAGCGGUCCAAUGAGGAGCAUGAGACGGUAUGAUUGACAACCUAUUAGUCAACCUAUUAGUCCAAUGAUAGAGCUGGGUGAUAUGGACAAAAAUCCAUAUUGUGAUAAAUUGUCAAUUUCUUUUGCUAAAUCAGCGAUAACUUUAUAGAUUUGUUUGUAUUUUACCCCCUUUUUCAAUCUUUUCUCAUCGCUGCAACUCCCCAACGGGCUCGGGAGGUGAACGUCGAGUCAUGCGUCCUCCGAAACAUGACCCGCCAAACCACACUUCUUAACACCCGCCCGCUUAACCCGGAAGCCAGCUGCACCAACGUGUCAGAGGAAACACCGUUCAACUGACGACCGAGGUCAGCCUGCAGGCGCCCGGCCCACCACAAGGAGUCACUAGAGUGUGAUGAGCCAAGUAAAGUCCCCCGGCCAAACUCUCUCCUAACCCGGACAACGCUAGGACAAUUGUGCGCCGCCCUAUGGGACUCCCGAUCACGGCCGGUUGUGAUACAGCCCAGGAUCGAACCCAGAUCUGUAGUGACACCUCUAGCACUGCGAUGCAGUGCCUUAGACCGCUGCGCCACUCGGGAGGCCCCAGCAAUAACUUAUUUAUUGGGGAGGUGCUAUAGCUGGUUGAUAUGGACAAAAAGUAAUAUUGUGAUAAAUGUAACUAUUUUGCUCUAACAAUAAAUACAAUGAUAAAAAAAUGUUUAAUGGACAGCUUAACAUUAGCUUUUACAUCAGCGGCAGGGCUCUAGACACUGAGAUGGUAACCUAUGAUUAAAAAAGUAAGCUAUUUCAUCUAACAUAUCCAGGGAAUGCAUUAUUGAUAAUUUGCUGGCAAUCUGUCAAAAUAGGAUCCCGAAUUAUCUGAUUUAUUUUGGGAAUUUGCUGACAUCUUUGUGCAUAUUGGCCUAUAGGCUAUAUUAUUCACCUCCUGAGGAAGUGGGAACUCAAAAGCUAGAUUACUAACUCUAAAUAAGAUAGUGUUGCUAUAUAGCCAUGUAUGCUAAUUGAUUCAGCACAACUUUCCAGUGCUAGGCCUAGGCUAUAUGAUGUAGUCCUAUUCACUGCAAAUCAAAACCAUACUACAGCCUGCUCCGGUUGUAAAGUGGUGCCAUGAAAUCAAUAUUAAGAUGGAUGUGAGAAAUACAUUUAUACUCACAGAAAACUGUGACUCACCUCUAGAACAACAGUAGUUGCUUUGAAAAUUGUAUUUUCUUCUGGCAAUUGCAGUUUGAGCAACAGUCAUAUGCUUGUGCUUCUCAGAAUGCAUCUUUCUCUCCUCCGUGCGCACAGUGGGGAGAGGGAGUGAGAGUGGCUCGCUCACUCAGCAGCCGACAGCGAAACGGAGACAGGCAGAUGCCUUCAUAGCAGGAAUCAACAUGAUGCUAUUACUGUUGACCAAAUAAUGGUUUUAGAACAAGCUACAGGAAUGUUGAGAAGGAAAAUGUUUCGGUUUAUCGUCCAAGCAAUAACUAAAAGACCAGUGAGUUUUUCCCCUCCCCAUUCUUCUGACAUUGGAUAAUUCUGUAUUCUAUUCUACUCAUGUGUGCUCUCAGGAGGGGCAGGAGGGGAGUGACCACGAGGAAGAGGAGGAUGAUGAAGAGGAAGAGAUGGAUGUGGAGGAGAGCUCUGAUUCAGACUCGGACUCAGAUGAGAAAGGUAAAAUGGCUGAUUUCUAGAAAUAGGAAAUAUAGAAGGCACAUAUAGUGGACAUGUAUAUCUAUGAUUUGAACCCAUAUGAAUCAAUGUUACUUUCCCCCACCAGAGAACUUCCAGGCGGACCUGGCCAACAUUACAUGUGAGAUUGCCAUCAAGCAGAAGCUGAUAGACGAGCUGGAGAACAGCCAGAGGCGUCUGCACACGCUCAAACAGCAGUACGAACAGAAACUGAUGAUGCUGCAGAGUAAGAUCAGAGACACACAGCUGGAGAGGGACAAGGUGCUGCAGAACAUGGGUACGUCUCAUAUAGAGGGUGAGAAUGUACUCACGGUAUGACCUGGACACUGGGAUUACAUAGCUAUGGGAUAUGCAUACAGCCGUUACUGGUUUAUAGUCUAUCAGAGAACUGUGAAGAGUUUGGAGUUUUUAUUUUGCUCUGGUUCUUUAGAACAUAGGGCUAUUGAACAGCCACCUCUAUAAAAAGUGUGGGGUUUCCCUCUGUUGAUUUAAGGCAGGGGUGGUCAACAUUUCCGAUCCUACUAUAACACACCGAUUCAGCUAAUCAAGGUCCUGAUGAGCAGUGGACUAGUAGAAUCAGGUGUGGAAGGGCUGAAGCAAAAGCCUGCAUACCCAGUUGUUCUCUAGGAGGGAUGGCAACCUGUGAUUUCUAAGCUUAUUUCCUCAUUUUGUCUGUCUUGUUUUUGGCUCCCCCUUCAGGCUCAGUGGAGACGUGCAAUGACGAUAAGGCCAAGAAGAUCAAGCAGGAGUAUGAGAAGAAGCUGAGUCUCAUGAAUAAGGAGCUACAGAAGCUACAGUCAGCCCAGAAGGAACACGCACGCCUCCUCAAGAACCAAUCAAAGUACGAGACACAGCUCAAGAAGCUCCAACUGGACGUCACAGAGAUGAAGAAGACAAAGGUAGAACGAAAACGUACUUGUACCUGACCACAACCAUGACUGACCACACUCGCCACCAACCACUCGUGACAUUGCCAUCGUAAAGAUAUUUAUUAAUACAAUAUUCCCACCCCGUAAUUCUUUUUUUGAGUCACCACUCAGUCAACAUCAUAUUUCAUAUUUUUCCAACAUACUGACGUUGAACAUCAAUGGUGGGUUACUGAUAUUGAUCUAAAUGUGAUCUGGUUGGCCAUCAGGUUCGUCUGAUGAAGCAGAUGAAGGAGCAGCAGGAGAAGAACAGAAUGACAGAGUCCAGGAGGAACAGAGAAAUCGCCAGCCUCAAGAAGGACCAGCGCAAACAGGAGGUGAACCACGGGACCCAUAGUCUAGUUUCUCAGUAUUGCAGCAGUACUACCUUUUCACACUAUCCACCUCAUGUAGCCCUGCCAAAUUGAAUUCAGCAAGCUUCUCCUCUUAGAGUCUAUGAAGCCUUGCUUCUCAGCUCUUUAUCCAGUGAGUACGGUUCGGUAUAAAGUCAGACUGAUUUUGUUAUACUUAUUUCCAGUCUGGUUUGGGCAGGGCAAGGCUUGCCUAAAAGCUAUCUUGAGCCAGAUGUGUUAUUGGACCAGUUAAGCAAAUAUUUUGCAACUUAAUGCUAUUGGCAUUACUGAAGGCCAUGUUAAUGUGUGUUCCACAGCACCAGCUGAAGCUACUGGAGGCCCAGAAGAGACAACAGGAGCUCAUACUGCGCAGGAAGACUGAGGAGGUGAGCAAACUGAACGGCCAUCUGAAGUCAUCAUGAGGGGCCGCAGUUGCUCGCCUGUCUGCGUACCCACAUGUGCAUACCAGAAAUGUUUGCAGUGAGACUGACUAACAAAAUCAAUGGGGUCCCCCCGGCCGGUAAUUUGACCAUGAUUAUUACAUUUAGAUAGUCUAGCAGCCAGCUAACUUAACAAUCUAAAAAAUGUUAGCUGAGAUGUGCUAAUUGUCUAUCAGUAAGCAGGUUUCCAGCCAACCAUUUCAUGCAGAUUAAUUAUCUAACGCAAGAAAGAAGUCACGACUGGGCUGCUGGAAACAUGAAAUGCCGGUACAAUUUUAUAAAUACCGACAGACAAUUUGUUUGUUCGACAUGGUGUGAUUUUUUGGUCUCUGUAUAAUUAACUAUGCGAGAAAUGGUGAUGGAAAUGCCUCUGUGCAAAUGUUGAUAUAAUAACAAUCAUAUCGAAGUAAAUUUGGAGUCAUGCGAUGAUAUGUGUGGUCUUCCAGUUACGGCUCGGGAAAGCAUGCAGUUUAUUAGGCUACAGAUUAAAUAAAUGAUGAUUAACUUCACAGGGUGGUGAAUGUGCAAGGUGAUGAGCUUGAUGUUCCUUUCCAAUAAAUAUCGACGGUCUUAUUCUAAUGACAUGAUGAUCUAUGCUUGGCUGCCGUUUGACAAAUACAAAUAAUAUCGCUCUUAUCCAUAAUAAUCUCAUAAUGUAGGUAGCCUACCCACACUGUAUCUGCCAGCUGUUGGUUAAAGCGAAGGUGCCAUGACCAGAGUGGGGUCAUUUGGAAUAUAACACAACAGUUUUUUUGACAAAACCAUCAGUGAAAAUGCGAUGGAAAUCCAUUGAACUUGUAUUUUUCAUUCGGUACAUGGUAAUUUAAAGGCAAACGUUUUUUUUAUGUGCAUUACGUCAUCGCGCAAAGCCUUUUCCACCGGAGAUGGAAACGCAUUUCCGGUGGAAAAUGUGCAUAUUGUUUUCUGCAGAUUUUUGAAUAUUCGCAUAAAAAUCUUUCGCAAAUUGGAUGGAAACCUAGCUAGUGACUGACAUAACAAGAGAAAAACUGCUGAUGCACAACAACGAAAUGGCAUGUUAUGUAUUCUACUAUUCUAACUUGCAACAGUAAGUUGAGACCCCAACUGAGUUAAAAAAAUAUAUAUAUAUCUGAGGGCCUUCAAAAGGGGGCGGCCCAUGGGACGCCAGUUGCCCAUCCCUGACAUAGAGUAAAGGGAUGUAGUAUACAGUGAGGGAAAAAAAUAUUUGAUCCCCUGCUGAUUUUGUACGUUUGCCCACUGACAAAGACAUGAUCAGUCUAUAAUUUUAAUGGUAGGUUUAUUUGAACAGUGAGAGACAGAAUAACAACAACAAAAUCCAGAAAAACGCAUGUCAAAAAUGUUAUUAAUUGAUUUGCAUUUUAAUGAGGGAAAUAAGUAUUUGACCCCUCUGCAAAACAUGACUUAGUACUUGGUGGCAAAACCCUUGUUGGCAAUCACAGAGGUCAGACGUUUCUUGUAGUUGGCCACCAGGUUUGCACACAUCUCAGGAGGGAUUUUGUCCCACUCCUCUUUGCAGAUCUUCUCCAAGUCAUUAAGGUUUCGAGCAUGACGUUUGGCAACUCAAACCUUCAGCUCCCUCCACAGAUUUUCUAUGGGAUUAAGGUCUGGAGACUGGCUAGGCCACACCAGGACCUUAAUAUGCUUCUUCUUGAGCUACUCCUUUGUUGCCUUGGCCGUGUGUUUUGGGUUAUUGUCAUGCUGGAAUACCCAUCCACGACCCAUUUUCAAUGCCCUGGCUGAGGGAAGGAGGUUCUCACCCAAGAUUUGACGGUACAUGGCCCCAUCCAUCGUCCCUUUGAUGCGGUGAAGUUGUCCUGUCCCCUUAGCAGAAAAGCACCCGAAAAGCAUAAUGUUUCCACCUCGAUGUUUGACGUGGGGAUGGUGUUCUUGGGGUCCUAGGCAGCAUUCCUUCUCCAAACACGGCGAGUUGAGUUGAUGCCAAAGAGCUCCAUUUUGGUCUCAUCUGACCACAACACUUUCACCCAGUUCUCCUCUGAAUCAUUCAGAUGUUCAUUGGCAAACUUCAGACGGCCCUGUAUAUGUGCUUUCUUGAGCAGGGGGACCUUGCGGGCGCUGCAGGAUUUCAGUCCUUCACGGCGUAGUGUGUUACCAAUUGUUUUCUUGGUGACUAUGGUCCCAGCUGCCGUGAGAUCAUUGACAAGAUCCUCCCGUGUAGUUCUGGGCUGAUUCCUCACCCUUCUUAUGAUCAUUGCAACUCCAUGAGGUGAGAUUGUGCGUGGAGCCCCAGGCCGAGGGAGAUUGACAGUUAUUUUGUGUUUCUUCCAUUUGCGAAUAAUCGCACCAACUGUUGUCACCUUCUCACCAAGCUGCUUGGCGAUGGUCUUGUAGCCCAUUCCAGCCUUGUGUAGGUCUACAAUCUUGUCCCUGACAUCCUUGGAGAGCUCUUUGGUCUUGGCCAUGGUGGAGAGUUUGGAGUCUGAUUGAUUGAUUGCUUCUGUGGACAGGUGUCUUUUUAUACAGGUAACAAACUGAGAUUAGGAGCACUCCCUUUAACAGUGUGCUCCUAAUCUCAGCUCGUUACCUGUAUAAAAGACACCUGGGAGCCAGAAAUCUUUCUGAUUGAGAGGGGGUCAAAUACUUAUUUCCCUCAUUAAAAUGCAAAUCAAUGUAUAACAGUUUUGACAUGUGUUUUUCUGGAUUUUUUUGUUGUUAUUCUGUCUCUCACUGUUCAAAUAAACCUACCAUUAAAAUUAUAGACUGAUCAUUUCUUUGUCAGUGGGCAAAUUUACAAAAUCAGCAGGGGAUCAAAUACUUUUUUCCCUCACUGUAUAGAAGUGCUGUAUACUUGACAAUUACCCAAGACUAGAAGCAGUUACACACAUCCUGCAACAAAUCACUAACUCUCAUCUAGUUGGAUCUAAGUUCAAGGAACUUUGAAGUUCUAGGACCAGAAAACGAAAAGCUUUUUUCCCAAUUCUAUUUGACCUUUGAUACCUGGAAUAGGAUAUUCACUUGGGAACGGAAGUUGUAGGAACCAUUGGCCAGAGUCCGAGAGCAGAGGUACAGAGAGAGUAGGCUACCAAUGGGAUCUUUGUAUCAUAAGAGUUCAAGACUUCCCUGAAGAUCACUGAUAACAACAAACAUGGCAGUUUAGUAAAUAAAAUAUCAAGCUAGACUCAUACUAUUCUAUUGAGAUGAUCAAAUUUAGCAUCAGGUAGUAGCUCUGGUGGCUCAUUACUUACGUGUGUGUGUGUGUGUCUGUGUCUACCAGGUAACUGCACUGAGGAGACAGGCCAGACCUAUGUCUGGUAAGGUGACCAGCAGGAAGGUGAGUUUACCAGAGCCCCUCCAGGACUCCUCCCACCGACCCCCCUCAGGACGCCUGCACUCCUCUGGAUCCACCGCACCCAACGGAACCAGGUAGGGACUGGACAACAGGUCACUGCAAUGCCAUUUUGAUGUGUGACUGUAUUUGUGUUGCUGUAUUACACUGUUUGGUGUAUGUAGAGCAAUCAUCAUGGCUUUUGCAGCUUGAGAUCUGCAUGGCCAUACUGUAGAGUGUACAUGCCUCAACAUUGUGUGUGUGCGCAUGUGUGUGACAGGUCCUACUACAGACGGUCAACGGGCAUAUAUUCCACCAGAGUGGCCAGGGUAAAGUGGCAGUCUCUGGAGCGCCGUAUCUCUGAUGUCAUCAUGCAGAGGAUGACCAUAUCCAACAUGGAGGCUGAUAUGAACCGCCUGCUCAAGGUAAACAUUAAAUGUCAUUCACACAUCUUUUCAUUUGCUGAAUAUAGUUUACAGACCUAAUAUAUUACUCUAAAUUAGCGUUGUUAGCAAUUAACAUUGGCAAACUCCUCCUUAUUCCCCUGCUCCGUCCCCUACCCUCCUUUCCCUGCCUCCUCUCUCUCCUUCCCCAUUCCUCCUCCUCCACUCUCCCCCCUCCAUCGUUCCUCCCCUCCACAGCAACGUGAGGAGCUGACCAAGAGGAGGGAGAAGGUGACCAGAAAGAGGGACAGGCUGGCGGGGGAGAGGCCUGAGGAAGAGAAGGCGGUGUUUCCCCUCAACGAGGAAGUGGACACCCUGAUGGCCAACAUCGACUACAUCAACGACAGCAUCGCAGACUGCCAGGCCAACAUUAUGCAGAUGGAGGAGGCCAAGGUCAGACAGACAGAAAGCUGGCAUUAGCAGUACAUUUUCUGAAAUCAAGGAGUCGAGGAGAGGAAGCCACAUAAAAGUUGAGAUACAACCAUGGCCAAUUUCAAGCAGCACAAAUCUGGCCAACCAAAUCAAACACUAUCCCAUGACUCUCUGAGUAACAUGCAUCCUAAAAGCAACAUAUGAAUUGAGCUGAUUAGGAUGUUUUUCCUAACCAUGUAAUUAUGCAUUUGCAGGAGGAGGUUGACACGGUAGAUGUUUCCGCAGUGAUCAGCUCCUGUACCCUAACAGAAGCCCGUUUCCUGAUGGACCACUUCAUGUCUAUGGCCAUCAACAAGGUAACUAACUUACUGCCUUUUACCUGUCCCUCCGUAGUCACUCCCCAAUCUCUCACACCAUUGUUUUUUCCUGGAGUUGACUUAGUUUAAAGGGGGGCUGAACUUGCGGAUUUAGCCUCGGUUUCAAUGGUCCUCAUUAGGAAAUGCGAUUGAGAACAAGAUUUGGGUUUUGGACCUGUGCUUUGAUGUGGGUUUCUCUUGUGUGUGUUCGAACGUGGGAAGCUUUUGUACUUUCACUCUGCCAGAACAGUACACAGUCACUCAACCUUCUAGAUAACAGUCUAACCAGGUCUUGUGUCUGGAAAUAGCCUAGACUAGCUAGCAAGCUAGCCAACUUCUUUCGCCAAUUAGCUUCAGUCAGCCGGUGUGCGACCGUGGCAAAGUUGGUUUGACUUUGGAUAGCCUAUCUGUGGGGCUAGUUAGGAGAAGUUGCUUUUUUGGUUCAGUCGCACCCAGGUUCCACGUUUCAAAUUAAGUCAGUUUCUACGAUUGUUAAUAUGUUUAGUUCUGUGUGUAUAUGCACAAGCACCCUCCUUGUGUAUUAAUCUUUUGUGUGUGUACGGUGUUACCUUUAGUGACCCUUCUUAUAGCUGACCUAUGACCUUUGACCUCCUCCCUAUCCUAGGGUCUGCAGGCAGCCCAGAAGGAGUCCCAGGUGAAGGUGAUGGAGGGCAGGCUGAAGCAGACAGAGAUCACCAGCGCAACUCAGAACCAGCUGCUGUUCCACAUGCUGAAAGAGAAGGCAGAGUUUAACCCCGAACUGGACGCCCUGCUGGGGAACGCUUUGCAAGGUAACAGCCCGAACUCCAGCCUGCCAGCCACACACCCUGCAAGAUACGUGUAUAGUUCAGUCCAGGGCCUUGACCCUGACCCUCUCAGCCCCUGUUACUGGAGGUCCGUAAGUCAAACCCACAACACUACCAGGUCUUGCUAACCCCAAAUAAAUGAAUUUGACUGGCUUUGGUUACUCAAUGGGUGACAGAAGUAUAUAUAAUUGAAAAAAUAACUGUCUGUGGCCUGAAUGUUGUUGGGAUUCUAUUGGACCUGGAGAGAGAGAGCUGUUGGCUGGACCUCCAGAACCAAGGCUGGGAGACUGUGAUCCAGUGCAUGAUGGGGACCUGUUGAGUUGCUCUUUGCUUGUGGCCUCCUCAAUAGAUGCUAGCCGUGAGAUGAAAAGUCACACAAGUACAUUAUUUAUCAUUCAAGUUUGGAAACCCAUCUAUAUUUGCCCUUUUUGUUUCAUGGCUAUGGAGCUGAGCUGACAUCUUUUGUUAUAGAGUUGAUGUUUUGUUAUGGCGCUGACAAUGGAAUAAGGUUCCGUAUGACAGUUGUAUUUUCACCAGCAUCUGUUGAGGAGGACGUCUUUUUGAAUAGUAGAACUAGCACUCUUGCUAUUUCUUUUCUUUUCGAUUUGAUUUGGUUUUGAUUAUGGGAGAAUGAAUGAAUGUGUUUUUGAUUCGUGUAUUGCCUUUCUUCUUGUCCCCCGCCAUGGUGCGUUAAUGUAUACAGAGCUAGGUAACAUGCCAGUGGGUAAGUAACAGACACCAGACUCUCUAUGUUUAUAUGAAUGCAUGGGUCCUCCUCCUGGAAACUAACUCAACAACAUGAGCAGGUGCAUGAGGUGUAAUGCUGCUGUCUUCCAAACCUCCCUCCAUCUGUUAGCUGACGCUUCCUCUUCUCCUCCUCCUCCUCUUCCCAAUGUGAAAGAACCCCUUUCCUAGUCUCAGCUCACCAUGUGCUACAGCCACCGUGAUUUCUAGCACCUGCUAAUAUAACUACUGAACUUGUAUCCUUAAUAGAGGACCCCUUCCCACCAUGUGCUACAGCCACCAUGCCUUGUACUAUAGCAUCUGCUAAUAUAACUACUGUACUGUAUCUGUAGGUAGAACCAGGACGUUUUGUCUCAGUUGGACCCUGUAGGCAAACCACACUGCCCCGGGAGCAGCUCAUCUCAGUUUCCCCCUCCCUCCUUUUCAUAACCCCUCACAUCUGACCUCUUGACCUCUUUGUACCCUCUCAUCCUUUCGACGCCUGAACCCUGUCAACCCUUCCCUCUCAGUGACUGAACAAGGACCUGAUCUUUUCAGGUCUUUUGAGGCAAUUCCAUAUAAACGGCAUGGCGCUGCGCUGACAUCGUCUUCAUCUGCUUCUCCUUGUUCAUUAUUGCCACCUCUACCUUGUUCAAUAAUAUAAACCACAUAUUGUUAACAUCUGUUUGUAGCCAACACAGUAUUAGCAUAAGAGUUGGUUCAGUAAACGGUUUUACCCUUGUACCAUGUUUGGUUGACAAUUGGCAGGUAUUUGGACUAGUAGACAGAACUGACUUAAGUUUGUUGGUAUUUAGUCAUAACACAGAAAAAUAUGAGCAUUUGCUAUGGAUGUUGUUUGGCUCUGACAUACAGUUCAACUGACAUUUUGAGUCCUCUGAUUUCUCAGAGAACGGGGAUGACAGCAGCAGUGACGAAUCUGCCCAGAGUCCUGCAACAGAGGGACAGUAAGUAUUAAAGAGAGAGUUCACUCAAAUUACCCCAAAAUAGUGAACAUUUCACUUUUUUGGGGGGGCCUGUUUUUUUUAUUUUUUUUUAAAUGAUGUUAUCUCAUGUAUUCUACUUCCUUGUUACAGCUCUCUGACAUCAGAUCUAAUGAAACUCUGUGGAGAGACCAAAACAAGGAGCAAGGUACCAUUCUCAGCCUAUUAGCAUGUGUAUGUUUGGAUGCUUGUUUUACUAUCCUUGUGGGUACAUUGGUGUGUGGGUACAUUGGUGUGUGGGUACAUUGGUGUGUGGGUACAUUGGUGUGUGGGUACGUGUUUGUGUGUAUUAUGAACUGAGUGUGUGUUUCUCCCCACCCAGGCUCGUAGGAGAACCACCACUCAGAUGGAGCUGCUCUACGCCAAUAGCGACUCCGCCCCUGACACGCCUUCUAGUGAUUUCUCCUCCCCCUGUCUCCCAUUGGCUGAAACUCCAGAAGAGGGCAGAGAUCCUGAGACUCCCAUUGGCUCGUCAGUCAGGGACAGGGACUAUAUGGCUCAUUCUCCUUGCUUGUCCUCUAAGAUGGGCAGCAUGUAAGUCUGGGCCUGCGCGUGCUAACUAGCUAACGUGCUAACCCGCUGCUUCCUGCAUGUUGAUACAGCUGCUGCUUAUUCUCUUUUCAGUUUGCCUGACAUGGCCUGUAAAUCUCCUCUAUUCACCUGCAAGUCUCCUAGCCAGUAGAAACCAAAAUGUACCCCUUUAGUAUAUUCAUUAAUAAGCAUGUAGCAGCUGUUAUAACCCUAACCCAUCAAGGCUACUACUGACAGACAAACACAUGCGCAGACACACACAAAAUGAUUAUGAGGCAUGUACAGUAUGGCCAUGCAGAUCUCAUGUUCUCUCGCUAGAUGCAAUUUUCAACUGCAAUAGGCUUAUGACACGGCUAUCUCAACUCUACAGAAUAUUAACCCUUUACAGCUGCAUCCUUUAAAAGCAACACAAAGUGCUAAUAAAGCUAACCAGUAGCGCACGGUGGCUUUCUACGAAUGUCUUGAGCAGCAAUACCAAUUUUAGUGUGACUUGAAUACGUAAGAUAUAGUGCUGGGGACUGAUUUCAGUGUGACACAAUUUAGCCCUAAAGCUACACCGGUGUCCUUAUAAAACACAAGAUUUGGGUGAAGGAGGAACGUCUAUAUUGGGACUGAAUAUCAGGUAACAGUGUGGUAUGUGUGUACUGCAUGUUCACCACCGCAAUAUUGUUUCAUUUAUACUUUUGUUUACAUGCUUAUAUUGUUGUCCUUUUUGUUCCUAAUGUUUUGUCUUGUCUUUGGGUUGUGUUGUGUGUUGCUAAUGAAAACUAAACUAAAUGUUAGUUCCGGCUCCAGACCUGCCUCCUCCUCAGGGGCAGAAAAGAGAGUUCCAGGGCCCUCGCCGCUCUCUCGCAGGAAGACCUAUGACAAGACUCAAGUGGCAGCUAAAGUCAAGGAGAUCAAACAGUAAGAGACUAGCGACGCUCUGGUGGCCGGAGGCCAAAAGCACAACUUUUUCCAACAGCUGUUGCAAAUUAUACUUAUCCCCCCCCCCGCCCCCCCACUUUCCGAAUGUCAAGUAGUUAACGCGUUCUUGAGAAAUAUAGAUAAUUUUGUUUCUAUAUCCCUCUUGACUGAGACUAAAUGAUUGACUUCUGUUUCCCAAAACAUUUUUUUUUUGCAUCUGUUUUUAAUUUGGGAAGUUAAUUCAGUGUUCAACUUGGCCCUCUCAGCCUCUUCAAACCCUCUGUUGUAAAUUUGGCUAUGAUAUAUAAAUCCUAUAUAUUGGUAUCCAGCGCUAACCAACUGUUUUUCUCAAACACUUUGAAGUAAGUGUAAUCUAAGAAGCUAAAGGUGGGGGUAAGGGGAACCAUGCUGAGUGAAACCCUGAGUGAGCAAACAUUCUUUCCCCGAUCAGUUCUCAGGACCACAUGUGAUGACCAUACACAACUCAAUGUUCUUAGACCAAAUGUGAAAAGUCUCAGAAAUGAGUGCAGAGCCUUAUACAACGGGUGGUUCUAAUCCUGAAUGCUGAUUGGUUAAAACCGCAUUCCAGCCAGUGUCUAUUCCACAAGUUACCACCGGCUAAAUCUAUGCUGUGAAAAUGCCUAUUUACUCUGUUCCAUCUGACUGCACAAUCCACUGUCUCAUCAGCACAGCCAGGCAAUUUAUGAACUUGAUCUCCACUAUAAAAAGCAUCUAGACAUGAUCUCACAUUUCUUUUAGACAAACAUUUAGUUAUCAACAGCAGAGAUUUGUAUAAACCUUGCUGUCUGUCUCUCUGACAUUUGCAACAUUGUUUCAAUAUUCAAAUUCGAUCUCCAGCUGUCCCAUAGUAAUGAACAUGUCAGGACGAGACAGACAGGCAGGCAGCGUUUCCCAGCCAGUCAAAAUCAUGAAUCAGCUGGCAUGAUUCUUAUGGAUAUAUACAAAGAAAUGUCAAUAGAAAGCAGCUUGUUUGCAAUCUUUCCAGCUUCAAUUUGAAGUGAUUGUGUUAGCUGUGAUUGUUGGCUAGCUCCUCUAAUCAACAGUAUCCUGACGAGAGAGCACAUUUUCUAUGCCAGGUGAAAUCGCGCCUCAUUAGCUCACUGUAAUGGAUGUAUCCAAAAUAAUGUCACUAGAAAACAGCUUAAACAAAUGUAAAUGGUGCUACUUUGUUGUUUUUUGGCUGCACUGUUUGACGUGACUGUAAAUUAGCCGUAGUUGGCUAGCUAGCAAGCAAGGGAUAAGAAGGUUGCCAGCCAGUACAUUUUGAACGAACAAUUGGGUCGUGUCCAUAGAUACAGAACAGAAAGACUGAACGACUGGGUCACGUCUCUGGCAACCGAACCGAUAGAACGAACGACCAGCCGGCUUGGGUAGCAACCCUAGAUUUGUGUCGGGACAAUAUCUUGUGGAAGGAUGAAAUGGUAUGAAUAAAUUAAUCAAAAUAACGUUUUUAAUGAAAAUAUGUCAAUCAUUAUUUGAAUACACUACCUACUCAUUCAAGGGUUUUUCUUUAUUUUUACUAUUUUCUACAUUGUAGAAUAAUAGUGAAGACAUCAAAACUAUGAAAUAACACGUAUGGAAUCAUGUAGUAACCAAAAAAGUGUGAAAUAUAUUUUAUAUUUGAGAUUCUUAUAAAAAGCAUGAGCUGGGAGUUUAUACAUAGAGUGUGCAACUCUCUUUAUUUGUUUUUAUAUUUGAGAUUCUUCAAAUAGCCAACCUUUGCCUUGAUGACAGCUUUGCACACUCUUGGAAUUCUCUCAACCAGCUUCACCUGGAAUGCUUUUCCAACACUUGAAGGAGUUCCCACAUGCUGAGCACUUGUUGGCUGCUUUUCCUUCACUCUGCGGCCGACUCAUCCCAAACCAUAUCAAUUUGGUUGAGGUUGGGGAUUUGUGGAGGCCAGGUCAUCUGAUGCAGCACUCCAUCACUCUCCUUCUUCGUAAAAUAGCCCUUACACAGCCUGGAGGUGUGUUGGGUCAUUGUCCUGUUGAAUAACAAAUGACAGUCCCACUAAGCCCAAACCAGAUGGGAUGGCGUAUCGCUGCAGAACGCUUGGUAGCCAUGCUGGUUAAGUGUGCCUUGAAUUCUAAAUAAAUCACAGACAGUAUCACCAACAAAGCACCCCCACACCAUAACACCUCCGCUCCAUGCUUUACGGUGGGAAAUACACAUGCGGAGAUCACCCGUUCACCCACACCGCGUCUCACAAAGACACGGCGGUUGGAAACAAAAAUCUCCAAUUUGGACUCCAGACCAAAGGACACAUUUCCACCGGUCUAAUGUUCAUUGCUCGUGUUUCUUGGCCCAAGCAAGUCGCUUCUUCUUAUUGGUGUCCUUUAGUAGUGGUUUCUUUGCAGCAAUUUGACCAUGAAGGCCUGAUUCACAGUCUCCUCUGAACAGUUGAUGUUGAGAUGUGUCUGUAACUUGAACGCUGUGAAACAUUUAUUUGUGCUACAAUUUCUGAGGCUGGUAGCUCUAAUGAACUUAUCCUCUGCAGCAGAGGGAACUCUGGGUCUUCCAUUCAGGUGGCGGUCCUCAUGAGAACCAGUUUCAUCAUGGCGCUUGAUGGUUUUUGCGACUGCACUUGAAGAAACUUUCAAAGUUCUUGACAUUCUCCGUAUUGACUGACCUUCAUGUUUUAAAGUAAGGAUAGACUGUUUUUUCUCUUUGCUUUUUUGAGCUGUUCUUGCCAUAAUAUGGACUUGGUAUUUUACCAGAUAGGACUAUCUUCUGUAUACCCCCCCCCCCCACCUUGUCACAACACAACUGAUUUGCUCAAAGGCAUUAAGAAGGAAAGAAAUUCCACAAAAUAACUUUUAAGUAGGCACACCUGUUAAUUGAAAUGCAUUCCAGGUGGCUACCUCAUGAAGCUGGUUGAGAGAAUGCCAAGAGUGUGCAAAGCUGUCAUCAAGGCAAUGGGUGGCUAUUUGAAGAAUCUCAAAUAUAUUUUGAUUUGUUUAACACUUUUUUGGUUCCUACAUGGUUCCAUAUGUGUUAUUUCAUAGUUUUGAUGUCUUCACUAGAAUUCUACAGUGUAGAAAAUAGUAAAAAUAAAGAAAAAUCCUUGAAUGAGUAGGGUUCUAAAACUUUUGACCGGAAGUGUAUGUUGGUAACCCGUUGUAUCAAAUGAUAAUGCCCUCGAAGCCAGUGUUUGGAGGAUAUAUUGGCACGGUUUGCUAACAAAACCCAUGCCAAUAUAUCCUCCAAACACCGGCUUCUCGGGCAUUAUCACUUAAUCGUUGCAUAUGGAGGGUUCUUACAGAAUUCAGAGAAGACAGAAGGGGCUAGUUUCAAACAAUGAAAGCUGUUUAUCUAUUUUAGCCUAUACUGUCUCAGGUGUGUGUCAAGGUGUGCGUAUGUGUGUAUGUGCACGCGCAUUUCCACUGGUAUGGUUGUGAUCCUGUACAGUACACUGAACACAGAAUCAGUACAGAGGCAACUGAUUUGUCCUCUACGUAUGUACAGUUGAAGUCGGAAGUUUACAUACACCUUAGCCAAAUACAUUUAAACUCUGUUUUUCACAAUUCCUGACAUUAAAUCCUAGUAAAAAUUCCCUGUCUUAGGCCAGUUAGGAUCACCACUUUAUUUUAAGAAUGUGAAAUGUCAGAAUAAUAGUAGAGAAAAUGAUUUAUUUAAGCUUUUAUUUCUUUCAACACAUUCCCAGUGGGUCAGAAGUCUACAUACACUCAAUUAGUAUUUGGUAGCAUUGCCUUUAAAUUGUUUAACUUGGGUCAAACGUUUCGUGUAGCCUUCCACAAGCUUCCCACAAUAAGUUGGGUGAAUUUUGUCCCAUUCCUCCUGACAGAGCGGGUGUAACUGAGUCAGGUUUGUAGGCCUCCUUGCUCGCACACGCUUUUUCAGUUCUGCCCACAUAUUUGUUAUAGGAUUGAGGUCAGGGCUUUGUGAUGGCCACUCAAAUACCUUGACUUUGUUGUCCUUAAGCCAUUUUGCCACAACUUUGGAAGUAUGCUUGGGGUCAUUGUCCAUUUGGAAGACCCAUUUGCGACCAAGCUUUAACUUCCUGACUGAUGUCUUGAGAUGUUGUUUCAAUAUAUCCACAUACUUUUCCUUCCUCAUGAUGCCAUCUAUUUUGUGAAGUGCACCAGUCCCUCCAGCAGCAAAGCACCCCCACAGCAUGAUGCUGCCACCCCCGUGCUUCACGGUUGGGAUGGUGUUCUUCAGCUUGCAAGCACCCCAUUUUUCCUCCAAACAUAACGAUGGUCAUUAUGGCCAAACAGUUCUAUUUUUGUUUCAUCAGACCAGAGGACAUUUCUCCCAAAAGUACGGUAUUUGUCCCCAUGUGCAGUUGCAAACCGUAGUCUGGCUUUUUUAUGGCGGUUUUGGAGCAGUGGCUUCUUCCUUGCUGAGCGGCCUUUCAGGUUAUGUCGAUAUAGGACUCGUUUUACUGUGGAUAUAGAUACUUUUGUACCCGUUUCCUCCAGCAUCUUCACAAUGUCCUAUGCUGUUGUUCUGGGAUUGAUUUGCACUUUUCGCACCAAAGUAUGUUCAUCUCUAGGAGACGUGUCUCCUUCCUGAGCAGUAAGGAUGAACCAGACUUUUAUUCUGAAGUCUUGGCUGAUUUCUUUUGAUUUUCCCAUUAUGUCAAGCAAAGAGGCACUGAGUUUGAAGGUAGGCCUUGAAAUACAUUCACAGUUACACCUCCAAUUGACUCAAAUUAUGUCAAUUAGCCUAUCAGAAGCUUCUAAAGCCAUGACAUCAUUUUCUGUAAUUUUCCAAGCUGUUAAAAGGCACAGUCAACUUAGUGUAUGUAAAAUUCUGACCCACUGGAAUUGUGAUACAUUGAAUUAUACGUGAAAUAAUCUGUCUGUAAACAAUUGUUGGAAAAAUUACUUCUGUCAUGCACAAAGUAGAUGUCGUAACCGACUUGCCAAAACUAUAGUUUGUUAACAAGAAAUUUGUGGAGUGGUUGAAAAACGAGUUUUAAUGACUCCAACGUAAGUCUAUGUAAACUUCCGACUUCAACUGUAUGUAAACAGCCAGACACCCAGCCUCAGCAAUAAAUAAUACAAAUACUGAGCAAUGUAUAUUGUAUGCUCAAAAAAAUUGAACUCUUAUAUUAUUUAAUACAAUUGCUCAGAGAAAGAGAUUUUGUUUAACAAUUAAUAAAGACAAAUCAAAAAAAGAUAGGGGGGGAAAAUGAUUAGAUCCCCUGUUUUCAGUACCCUCCCCUUACGAGAAUAACGACACUGAGCCUUUUUCUAAAAUGCUUUAUGAGAUUGGAGAACACAUUGGGACUAUUCCUCCAUAAAGAAUCUUUCCAGAUCCUUGAUAUCCUUCAUCUGCGCUUAUGGAACAGGGCAGUCCAUAAGCGCAGAUAAAGGAUAUCAAGGAUCUGGAAAGAUUCAGUAUGGAGGAAUGGUCUAAGAUCCCUCCCAAUGUGUUCUCCAAUACAGCUCAGUAUUCAUAUUAUUUAUUUUAUACAGUCUUUGUUGCUCAUCUUUAUCAAGGGAUCCAAUAAUUACGGACCCCACUGUAAGGAAGCUCUCUAAGUCAAAUAUAAUAUAAUAAAGCACCAAUCAAAUGUGUUGUUUACAGGUAUGCUGCAUACAUUAGGUAGGCUAUAAACAUUAGGUAGGUGUUGGGAUUGGUGAGCACACUUUCUCUCACGUCAGAAGACACAUCUAAACCACUCAGGACACUUUGUCACCUCUCCUUUAGUGAGAUUUAGACUUUAGAAAAGCUUAAUUGUCCACAGAAUGGACCAUUAUUUUCUUAUCCCAAAUGUACACUACAAGUAUGUAGGCCUUUUCCCUCUGUUCACGUUUGCAUUCACGCUAUAGUCACUUACACACUCACACAGUGUGCGUCACCUGGUGUGUCUACCAAAUGUUUUUUUGUUGCUCAAUAACUACGAUUCAAGAACAUGACUAACUGAAAGUACUUGCAAAGUUGGCAGCAUUGUAGGAGGAUUGUGUUUAAGUGAAGAAGUACAGCUCUAUUGAAAAUCUUGGUCAGUUGCUAACAAUGUCUAAUUUCUUGCCAGUGUGUUGAUGUGUGGUAAGCUGGGAGGAGAGAGGCUCCUCUGUGGUUCACAGGUAGUCCUUUCUCUGGAUCUCUGUAUGGUUCUGUUCAGUUUUUGGUUCAGUUCUUGUCAGCCUGACCAUUCUUGUGGAUGGACACUGUCACUGGCUUAUCGUUUGUUUUUUACUUUGAUUUGCAGCAUUUUGCUAACUGGCCAAAUGGGUACAUGUACAUUUUGUACUGUAUGCAUGUGUGCCUGCAGUGGUGUGCUUUUGGGUGCAUGUUUAAUCUUCUGUAUCUAACUACAGUAUAUGAAGCGUUAAAAGGUGGUUACCAGUCACUGUUUUCUCUGAGCCCUACUGACAUUUUAGUGCAUGGUUUCUUCCUCCCCAGAGGGGUGAUCAACCCAGUGCCCUCCUCAAAGGGCAGUCGGUCAGCAACACUGCAGUGUGUCCACGUGGCUGAGGGUCACACUAAAGCCGUGCUGUGUGUCGACUCUACUGAUGACCUCCUCUUCACCGGCUCCAAAGGUCGACUGUCCAAUAUAUCAAUAACGUCUCAUCAAUAAUGUCUCCUGUCUCACAGACUGAGCAAAAGUUAAUCACUUGAGAUAAAUGUGUACUGUAACAGGACUGACAGAUUGUUGUUGUUAUGGGGCUGACACAGUAUUGUAACGGGAAGGUAGGUAGAUAGACUAUAGAUAGAGAGAAACUCUGCUAGUGACAUAUUGUGACACAGAAAUUGAGACGGAAAGAGAGCUUGAGACAGAAAUAUAAUCAGAUUCUCUCGUGAUGUGAUUUGAGCAAUAUAUUGUGGAGAGUAGUGCUCACCUCUUCCUCUCCUCUCCUUUCACUUCCUUCCAGACCGUACGUGUAAGGUGUGGAACCUAGUGACAGGUCAGGAGAUCAUGUCCCUGGCAGGUCACCCCAACAAUGUGGUGUCAGUCCGCUACAGCUCCAGCCUGGUCUUCACCGUCUCCACCUCCUACAUCAAGGUCUGGGAUAUCCGAGACUCAGCCAAGUGCAUUCGCACCCUCACGUGAGUGUCAAUGCCGUAACUGUUUUUGAUAGGCUAUACAAUAUGACAUAACAUCCAUUACACCCAUAUGACAACUUUAAUUGACACCUGCAUUCAUAACGCCUCCAUGACAAUGUUGUAAACCUGAUAUAAAGCUUCAUAACAUGUCAUGACAUAUCAAAGUAUGUCAAUAGUGUCAUGAGUAUUCCAAUCAAGGCUAAGUAAUGGUAAAAAUGGAAGCUACUUCUUACCAAAUUGUCCUCUGUAUUCUACAGGUCUUCUGGUCAGGUGACCCCGGGCGACGCCUGUGCGUCCAGCACCAACCGGACUGUCACCAUCCCGGCAGGAGAGAACCAGAUCAACCAGAUCGCCCUCAAUCCCAGCGGCUCUGUCCUUUACGCUGCCGCCGGCAACUCUGUCAGAGUCUGGGACCUAAGAAGGUAUGGUACAGCAAGGCACACCAGCCGUUUUGACAAACAAAGCCAGAGAGGCCUGAAAGAAGUCACUGUCUUCAGAAAACGUCUCUCUCAGUACUAUGUGCUGAUCUAUGAUAGAUCUAGAGGCUACUGCUUGUAUCUAUUCCAGCCAUACUCAACUGACAGACCGCGGUCCGGAUCCGGACCCAGAACAGGGUCAAUAUGGACUGCGGGUCCUGACUGAAAUAUAUACAUAUAUAUAUAUACACAGUGGGGGGAAAAAAGUAUUUAGUCAGCCACCAAUUGUGCAAGUUCUCCCACUUAAAAAGAUGAGAGAGGCCUGUAAUUUUCAUCAUAGGUACACGUCAACAAUGACAGACAAAUAGAGAAAAAAAAUCCUGAAAAUAUGAUUUUUUAUGAAUUUAUUUGCAAAUUAUGGUGGAAAAUAAGUAUUUGGUCACCUACAAACAAGCAAGAUUUCUGGCUCUCACAGACCUGUAACUUCUUCUUUAAGAGGCUCCUCUGUCCUCCACUCGUUACCUGUAUUAAUGGCACCUGUUUGAACUUGUUAUCAGUAUAAAAGACACCUGUCCACAACCUCAAACAGUCACACUCCAAACUCCACUAUGGCCAAGACCAAAGAGCUGUCAAAGGACACCAGAAACAAAAUUGUAGACCUGCACCAGGCUGGGAAGACUGAAUAUGCAAUAGGUAAGCAGCUUGGUUUGAAGAAAUCAACUGUGGGAGCAAUUAUUAGGAAAUGGAAGACAUACAAGACCACUGAUAAUCUCCCUCGAUCUGGGGCUCCACGCAAGAUCUCACCCCGUGGGGUCAAAAUGAUCACAAGAACGGUGAGCAAAAAUCCUAGAACCACACGGGGGGACCUAGUGAAUGACCUGCAGAGAGCUGGGACCAAAGUAACAAAGCCUACCAUCAGUAACACACUACGCCGCCAGGGACUCAAAUCCUGCAGUGCAAGACGUGUCCAGGCCCGUCUGAAGUUUGCUAGAGUGCAUUUGGAUGAUCCAGAAGAGGAUUGGGAGAAUGUCAUAUGGUCAGAUGAAACCAAAAUAGAACUUUUUGGUAAAAACUUAACUUGUUGUGUUUGGAGGACAAAGAAUGCUGAGUUGCAUCCAAAGAACACCAUACCUACUGUGAAGCAUGGGGGUGGAAACAUUUCUGGGGGUGGAAACAUUUCUGCAAAGGGACUAGGACGACUGAUCCGUGUAAAGGAAAGAAUGAAUGGGGGCCAUGUAUCGUGAGAUUUUGAGUGAAAACCUCCUUCAAUCAGCAAGGGCAUUGAAGAUGAAACGUGGCUGGGUCAUUCAGCAUGACAAUGAUCCCAAACACACCGCCUGGGCAACGAAGGAGUGGCUUCGUAAGAAGCAUUUCAAGGUCCUGGAGUGGCCUAGCCAGUCUCCAGAUCUCAACCCCAUAGAAAAUCUUUGGAGGGAGUUGAAAGUCUGUGUUGCCCAGCGACAGCCCCAAAACAUCACUGCUCUAGAGGAGAUCUGCAUGGAGGAAUGGGCCAAAAUACCAGCAACAGUGUGUGAAAACCUUGUGAAGACUUACAGAAAACGUUUGACCUGUGUCAUUGCCAACAAAGGGUAUAUAACAAAGUAUUGAGAAAGUUUUGUUAUUGACCAAAUACUUAUUUCCACCAUAAUUUGCAAAUAAAUUCAUUAAAAAUCCUACAAUGUGAUUUUCUGGAAAAAAAAAUCUCAUUUUGUGUGUCAUAGUUGACGUGUAUCUAUGAUGAAAAUUACAGGCCUCUCUCAUCUUUUUAAGUGGGAGAACUUGCACAAUUGGUGACUGACUAAAUACUUUUUUCCCCCACUGUAAGACAUGGCAAAAUGUGCAGAAUUGUAGGAAAUGAAUACUAUACAUAAUAAAUAUAUAUAUAUCGGCCAACAAGUGGGGUGUGAACCGUUUGGGGUCGUAUGGGUUGCAAGGUAAGGGGUUUGUUACUACGACGUUAAAUGACAAUAUCCAUCUGGACCUUUGCCACCUAGGACAUUUGUGUGACUGGACCUUUUCAAAUAGUAGUUGAGUCUAUUCCCUUGCUGAUCUUUUAUAGAGCUUUGCCCUGUCCUCUUAGUGAGUGUUUUCAUUCCAGGUUGUGUCUUGCCGUAACACAGUGCAUCUCAGAAGAUUGCUAUCAUAUUAAAGGCCCACUGUUCUCCCUCUGUCUCUUGGUCAGAUUUGUAUCCACAGGGAAGCUGACUGGUCACCUGGGUCCGGUCAUGUGUCUGACUGUGGACCAGAGUGGGAACGGUCAGGAUCUGGUCAUCAGCGGAUCCAAGGACCAUUACAUCAAGGUGUGUGAGAGUGUGUUAUGGUGUGUGACUGUUCUGCUUAUAUUCAUUGUUGAAAGGAUAACUGCCACACACAAAACAUCUCUACGUUGUUUAUUGUGUUGAAGUUUCAGUCAAAGAUCUUUUUCUGCAUGUUGUCUCAUGUUUGCAUGUGGAUCACGUUGGCUCUUGUACAGUGGCUUGCGAAAGUAUUCACCCUCCUUGGCAUUUUUCCUAUUUUGUUGCCUUACAACCUGGAAUUAAAAUGGGUUUGUAUCAUUUCAUUCACACAACAUGCCUACCACAUUGAAUAUGCAAAAUAUAUAGAAGGGGAAAAAAAAGAACUUGAGCGUGCAUAACUAUUCACACCCCCCCCCCCCCCCCCCAAAGUCAAUACUUUGUAGAGACACCUUUUGCAGCAAUUACAGCUGCAAGUCUCUUGGGGUAUGUCUCUAUAAGCUUGGCACAUCUAGCCACUAGGAUUAUUGCCCAUUCUUCAAGGCAAAACUGCUCCAGCUCCUUCAAGUUGGAUGGGUUCUGCUGGUGUACAGCAAUCUUUAAGUCAUACCACAGAUUCUCAAUUGGAGUGAGGUCUGGGCUUUGACUAGGCCAUUCCAAGACAUUGAAAUGUUUCCCCUUAAACCACUCAAGUGUUGCUAAAGCUGUAUGCUUAGGGUCAUUGUCCUGCUGGAAGGUGAACCUCCGUCCCAGUCUCAAAUCUCUGGAAGACUGAAACAGGUUUCCCUCAAGAAUUUCCCUGUAUUUAGCGCCAUCCAUCAUUCCUUCAAUUCUGACCAGUUUCCCAGUCCCUGCCAAUGAAAAACAUCCCAACAGCAUGAUGCUGCCACCACCAUGCGUCACUGUGGGGAUAGUGUUCUCGGGGUGAUGAGAGGUGUUGGGUUUGCGCCAGACAUAGCGUGUUCCUUGAUGGCCAAAAAGCUCAAUUUUAGUCUCAUCUGACCAGAGAACCUUCUUCCAUAUGUUUGGGGAGUCUCCUACAUGCCUUUUGGCGAACACCAAACAUGUUUGCUUAUUUUUUUCUUUAAGCAAUGGAUUUUUUUCUGGCCACUCUUCCGUAAAGCCCAGCUCUGUGGAGUGUACGGCUGAAAGUGGUCCUAUGGACAGAUACUCCAAUCUCCUCUGUGGAGCUUUGUUUCCUCUCUGAUUAAUGCCCUCCUUGCCUGGUCCGUGAGUUUUGGUGGGUGGCCCUCUCUUGGCAGGUUUGUUGUGGUGCCAUAUUCUUUCCAUUUUUUAAUAAUGGAUUUAAUGGUGCUCCGUGGAAUGUUCAAAGUUUCUGAUAUUUUUUUGUAACCCAACCCUGAUCUGUACUUCUCCACAACUUUGUCCCUGACCUGUUUGGAGAGCUCCUUGGUUUUCAUGGUGCCGCUUGCUUGGUGGUGCCCCUUGCUUUUUAAUUUCACUCCACCUAUUUGGACUAUUUUGUGUAUGUCCAUUACAUGAAUUCCAAAUAAAAAUCAAUUUAAAUUACAGUUUGUAAUGCAGGGCUGCCCAACCCUCUUCCUGGAGAUCUAGAGUCCUGUGGGUUUUCAGUCCAACCUUAAUUUAACACACCUGAUUCUACUUAUUAGCUGCUCAAGAAGACCUUAACUAGAUGAAUCAGAUAUGCUAAAUUAGGGGUGGACUGAUAACCUACAGGAAAGUAGAUCUCCAGGAAGAGGGUUGGGCAGCCCUGUUGUAAUGCAACAAAAUAGAACAAACUCCAAGGGGGAUGAAUACUUUUGCAAGGCACUGUAUUUGUUUUCUAUGCAAUACGAAUUAGCCUAGAUGAUGCUUUGCUGGGACUUGACUAUUGUUGUUGAUGGGCUGUCUGUUUCAGCUGUUUGACGUGACAGAGGGGGCCCUGGGUGCUAUCAGCCCCACACACAACUUUGAGCCUCCCCACUACGAUGGCAUCGAGUCCCUGGUGGUGCAGGGGGAUGUCCUCUUCAGCGGCUCCAGGGACAACGGUAUUAAGAAGUGGGACCUAGACCACAAAGACCUACUGCAGGUAACAGAGCGGAAAGAGAAGUGUCACCGACUAUUUUGGUGAAUCCAGUCAUACAAAAGUUGUAUUUAAAUCCUAACUGGUUCUCUAGCAGAUUAGUAAAAAAUGUCUCACCCCAUGUUCAAGAAUGACCUUUCUCCCUUUAUUAAGAUUACUCACUUUUGGUUAUUUGAAAAUGAAAUCAUCUCCAAAAUAUAGCUAUUUUUAAAACAAGCCAUAGAAAGUUGGUUGCAAUUUCAGUUUAAUCCACCAGAAAAGACAGAGCAAAUAAUACAACAAAUAUUGUGGUUAAACUCAAAUAUACUAAUUGAUAAAAAAAUGUAUUUUUCAAAAUAAUGUCUAAAAAAGGUAUAAUCUUUGUAAAUGAUAUCAUAAAUAGGACUGGUGGAGUUGUCACACAUACAGCUAACAAAAAUAUAUGAAAAUGUCUGCUCUAGCCAAAAUUACAACCAACUAAUUGCAGCAUUACCGCAAAAAUGGAAGAGGCAAGUGGAAGGGGGGAAAAAGUAAGGAACUUGUCUGUUGGCCUUGCAUUAAAGAGUGAAAUUGUUUUUAAAAAAUGGUGAUAAAUAAAAAAGUAUACCAGUUGUAUUUAAGGACCAAAAAAUGGACAGCUGUGCCAUAUAGAUUGCAAAAUAAUUGUGAAGAGAUUUUCGAUUUACCGAUUCCAUGGCAAAACAACGCCGGAUUCAAAAAUGAAUUUAUUUGCAAAUUAUGGUGGAAAAUAAGUAUUUGGUUAAUAACAAAAGUUUCUCAAUACUUUGUUAUAUACCCUUUGUUGGCAAUGACACAGGUCAAACGUUUUCUGUAAGUCUUCACAAGGUUUUCACACACUGUUGCUGGUAUUUUGGCCCAUUCCUCCAUGCAGAUCUCCUCUAGAGCAGUGAUGUUUUGGGGCUGUCGCUGGGCAACACGGACUUUCAACUCCCUCCAAAGAUUUUCUAUGGGGAUGAGAUCUGGAGACUGGCUAGGCCACUCCAGGACCUUGAAAUGCUUCUUACGAAGCCACUCCUUCGUUGCCCGGGCGUUGUGUUUGGGAUCAUUGUCAUGCUGAAAGACCCAGCCACGUUUCAUCUUCAAUGCCCUUGCUGAUGGAAGGAGGUUUUCACUCAAAAUCUCACGAUACAUGGCCCCAUUCAUUCUUUCCUUUACACGGAUCAGUCGUCCUGGUCCCUUUGCAGAAAAACAGCCCCAAAGCAUGAUGUUUCCACGCCCAUGCUUCACAGUACGUAUGGUGUUCUUUGGAUGCAACUCAGCAUUCUUUGUCCUCCAAACACAACAAGUUAAGUUUUUACCAAAAAGUUAUAUUUUGGUUUCAUCUGACCAUAUGACAUUCUCCCAAUCCUCUUCUGGAUCAUCCAAAUGCACUCUAGCAAACUUCAGACGGGCCUGGACAUGUACUGGCUUAAGCAGGGGGACACGUCUUGCACUGCAGGAUUUGAGUCCCUGGCGGCGUAGUGUGUUACUGAUGGUAGGCUUUGUUACUUUGGUCCCAGCUCUCUGCAGGUCAUUCACUAGGUCCCCCCGUGUGGUUCUGGGAUUUUUGCUCACCGUUCUUGUGAUCAUUUUGACCCCACGGGGUGAGAUCUUGCGUGGAGCCCCAGAUCGAGGGAGAUUAUCAGUGGUCUUGUAUGUCUUCCAUUUCCUAAUAAUUGCUCCCACAGUUGAUUUCUUCAAACCAAGCUGCUUACCUAUUGCAGAUUCAGUCUUCCCAGCCUGGUGCAGGUCUACGAUUUUGUUUCUGGUGUCCUUUGACAGCUCUUUGGUCUUGGCCAUAGUGGAGUUUGGAGUGUGACUGUUUGAGGUUGUGGACAGGUGUCUUUUAUACUGAUAACAAGUUCAAACAGGUGCCAUUAAUACAGGUAACGAGUGGAGGACAGAGGAGCCUCUUAAAUAAGAAGUUACAGGUCUGUGAGAGCCAGAAAUCUUGCUUGUUUGUAGGUGACCAAAUACUUAUUUUCCACCAUAAUUUGCAAAUAAAUUCAUAAAAAAUCCUACAAUGUGAUUUUCUGGAUUUUUUUUCUCGAUUUGUCUGUCAUAGUUGACGUGUACCUAUGAUGAAAAUUACAGGCCUCUCUCAUCUUUUUAAGUGGGAGAACUUGCACAAUUGGUGGCUGACUAAAUACUUUUUUUCCCCACUGUAUAUAUAUAUAUGGGGGACACAACCAUCCCAGCUCUGCAGAUUUUGCUGCGAAGAGACCGAAUCAUUAGAUUUGUUUUGGUACUCUCCAUAUGUAGCUUGUUUUUGGUCGCAGGUCCAGGAAUGGUUGAAGAAGUGCAACAUUUAUCUGGAGCUAACUCUGCAGAUAACACUACUGGGUGAUUUUAAAAGUCAUAAUCAAUUGAUCAAUAAUAUAAUAAUACUUUUAGCAAAGAAAAAUGUUUUACUUUACAAUCUGUAGAAACUAUGACAAUAGAAAGGUUCAUAACUUUUGUGAAACAUCACAGCACAGUAAAAAAAUAUAUGGCAAAUAAAAAUCUAAAAUGGAUGGUGUUAAGAAAUAGAUGGGAGGGGUUGAGUGAAGCUGAAGGGUGGGAUUAAAAACAACAAGAUAACUAAUAUAAAAUAUACUGUGUCCAUAAAAUGUAUAUAGGUUCAUAACUUUUAUGAAACAUCACAGUUAAAAAUAUUUGGCGAAAUAGAAAUCAAACUGGAUGGGCUUCAGAGAUAGAUGGGAGGGGUUGAUGGUAGCUGAAGGAUUGCAUUAAAAACAAACAAAAGAUAAGUAUUGUAAAAUAAAUUGUGUCCGUAAAAUGUAUAUAGUAUGUAUAAGCUGGAAGUAGAAGCCUAAGAGUUGAUGUCCAUUAGUUUACUCCAAUUAGGGGAUGGGGGGUAGGGUUGGAAAGUAAAUAAUUAUGGAAAAUAUAUUUAAAAGAUAUGUAUGUAGUAUAUAGUGAGGGAAAAAAGUAUUUGAUCCCCUGCUGAUUUUGUAAGUUUGCCCACUGACAAAGACAUGAUCAGUCUAUAAUUUUAAUGGUAGGUUUAUUUGAACAGGGAGAGACAGAAUAACAACAACAAAAUCCAGAAAAACGCAUGUCAAUAAUGUUAUAAAUUCAUUUUCAUUUGAAUGAGGGAAAUAAGUAUUUAACCCCUCUGCAAAACAUGACUUAGUACUUGGUGGCAAAACCAUUUUUGGCAAUCACAGAGGUCAGACGUUUCUUGUAGUUGGCUACCAGGUUUGCACACAUCUCAGGAGGGAUUUUGUCCCACUCCUCUUUGCAGAUCUUCUCCAAGUCAUUAAGGUUUCGAGGCUGACGUUUGGGAACUCGAACCUUCAGCUCUCUCCACAGAUUUUGGGAUUAAGGUCUGGAGACUGGCUAGGCCACUCCAGGACCUUAAUGUGCUUCUUGUUGAGCCACUCCUUUGUUGCCUUGGCCGUGUGUUUUGGGUUAUUGUCAUGCUGGAAUACCCAUCCACGACCCAUUUUCAAUGCCCUAGCUGAGGGAAGGAGGUUGACAUUUAAUCCUAGUAGAAAUGCCCUGUCUUAGGUCAGUUAGGAUCACCACUUUAUUUUAAGAAUGUGAAAUGUCAGAAUAAUAGUAGAGAGAAUGAUUUAUUUCAGCUUUUAUUUCUUUCAUAACAAUCCCAGUGGGUCAGAAGUUUACAUACAAGUUUACAUACAAUCAAUUAGUAUUUGGUAGCAUUGUCUUUCAAUUGUUUAACUUGGGUCAAACGUUUCGGGUAGCCUUCCACAAGCUUCCCACAAUAAGUUGGGUGAAUUUUGGCCCAUUCCUCCCGACAGAGCUGGUCAGGUUUGUAGGCCUCCUUUCUCGCACAUGCUUUUUAGUUCUGCCCACAUAUUUUCUAUAGGAUUGAGGUCAGGGCUUUGUGAUGGCCACUCCAAUACCUUGACUUUGUUGUCCUUAAGCCAUUUUGGCACAACUUUGGAAGUAUGCUAGGGGUCAUUGUCCAUUUGGAAGACCCAUUUGCGACCAAAGCUUUAACUUCCUGACUGAUGUAUUGAGAUGCUGCUUCAAUAUAUCCACAUAAUUUUCCUUCCUCAUGAUGCCAUCUAUUUUGUGAAGUGCACCAGACCCUCCUGCAGCAAAGCACCCCCACAGCAUGAUGCUGCCACCCCUGUGCUUCACAGUUGGGAUGGUGUUCUUCAGCUUGCAAGCGCCCCCCUUUUUCCUCCAAACAUAACGAUGGUCAUUAUGGCCAAACAGUUAUAUUUUUUCUCCAAAAAGUACGAUCUUUGUCCCCAUGUGCAGUUGCAAACCAUAGUCUGGCUUUUUUAUAGCGGUUUUGGAGCAGUGGCUUCUUCCUUGCUGAGCGGCCUUUCAGGUUAUGUUGAUAUAGGACUCAUUUUACUGUGGAUAUAGAUACUUUUGUACCCGUUUUCUUCCAGCAUCUUCACAAGGUCCUUUGCUGUUGUUCUGGGAUUGAUUUGCACUUUUCGCACCAAAGUACGUUCAUCUCUAGGUGACAGAACGCGUCUCCUUCUUGAGCGGUAUGACGGCCGCGUGGUCCCAUGGUGUUUAUACUUGCGUACUAUUGUUUGUAAAAAAAAAAUCUGAGGUAUUGGCUGAUUUCUUUUGAUUUUCCCAUGAUGUCAAGCAAAGAGGCACUGAGUUUGAAGGUAGACCUUGAAAUACAUCCACAGGUACACCUCCAAUUGACUCAAAUGAUGUAAAUUAGCCUAUCAGAAGCUUCUAAAGCCAUGACAUAAUUUUCUGGAAUUUUCCAAGCUGUUUAAAGGCACAGUCAACUUAGUGUAUGUAAACUUCUGACCCACUGGAACUGUGAUACAGUGAAAUAAUCUGUCUGUAAACAAUUGUUGGAAAAAUUACUUGUGUCAUGCACAAAGUAGAAGUCCUAACCGACUUGCCAAAACUAUAGUUUGUUAACAUGAAAUUUGUGGAGUGGUUGAAAAACGAGUUUUAAUGACUCCAACCUAAGUGUAUGUAAACUUCCGACUUCAACUGUAUUUACCCCAAAAUAUGGGGGAUUGGACAUUUUGCAGACCAUUACAUUGAUGGAAGCUACAAUGGAUCUGCAGUCUUAAAGCUGAUCUACCCCCUAAAACAAAAAAAUAAAUUAAAAUACCUACUGCAGGUAACAGAGGGGAAAGAGAAGUGUCACAGACUAUUUUGGUGAAUCGUGCUUUUGAGAAGGCGGUGCUUGAUGUGUCAUGCAGGGUAUUUUAACUGGGAAGUUGUUUGAUGAACACUGCUAACCUGCGAAAUAGUUGAAGGGAAAACAGAGGCUGUAUGUACUAUGUCUUAACAGCAAGUGCCCAACGCCCACCGUGACUGGGUGUGUGCCCUGGGUGUGGUGCCUGGCUCUCCGGCCCUGCUGAGCGGCUGUAGAGGAGGGGUGCUCAAGCUGUGGCAUGCAGACACACUGGGGGCCCUUGGGGAACUCAAGGGCCACGAGAGCCCCAUCAACGGCAUCUCCACCAACAGCAGCCACCUCUUCACAGCAUCCGAGUAAGUCACAGAACCACACAGACAGAAUGACAAGCAGACACACAAACACACACAAUAGCCUGGAUACAGCCAUUGCAGUGACAGUUUUUCUGCUCUGUAAUUUCAUAGUGAUCGAACAGUGAAGAUCUGGCGUGCCCGGGGCGGACUCGACAGCACCUUAGACACGACGGCGGACACAGCUGAUGAGGUGGCUAGUAACUGAACAUGGCCGUGACCUCCCACCGUGACCCUUAACCUGGGAUGCUGCUGAUUAGCACUUUGACCUCUGACCCCUAACCUUGGAAACCACCCCCCACAUACUGUAACCAAGACAACAGUGCAAGCCCGCAAGAAUGGAAUCAUAUCUCAGUAAAAGUAGCUGUAGUAUUUCUCCAGAGUAAGGUACUGUAGGUUCAUCCCUAGAAAAUGUCUCCCUAGCUAAAUGUAUCUAGUCUAACCUGUGUGGCCGUAGCACUGGCCUGUGCAGAAUAAACCCUAUUUUUGCUUCGUAGACAUCUUUCCGUCUCCGCUCAUAUUAAGUAUUGAGUGAGCCCACACGGGUCAUAUUUACGCGCACACACACACACACACACACAUAUUGAGUGUUUUUCUAGGCUGGGGGAGUUACUAAAGGAGAGUGGUGCAGAUAUGAGAUGAGAGGAUGGUAAAGAGGGUGCGCUCCUACCGGGCUCUGUAGCAGGCCUUCAAGACCCGGACCUGGUUCUCCAGUGGCACAGUAAAGGAAGAGAAGCCUUUCUUCUGCAUUGUAAGCAGAACCACUGUCCUCAACCCUGCUGUCCCUUACCUGAUAUCAACGUGGCUUUACGUGAACUGACACCCCCUUAAGUCGCUCAGUCUGGAUGUUCUUUUGCUUUGAAUUCAGUGCCCGCUUACCGUCGGUUACCAAAUCAUGAAACUUCUCUUGUACUUUAUCUGUGAACUGGAUAUAUUAACUAACACUACUCUUGUAGCCACUAGCAAAACACCUAAAGUCAGUCACCUCUCUGCUUCCUUAGUCUUUACACCUAGUCCUUACUUACUCUCUAUGUGCAAAUACAAUGUCUCUUUGAGGAAACACUGACUCUCUUCACUCGUCCACUACUCGUCAUUUAGCAAUGUAUGAUUCUCCACUUGAUGCUGUUCCCUCUAAUAAGUUAUGACCUAACCAAAUGCCUGUGCUGCUAAGUUGUUUGCUCACCUUCGACCCAUAGAAGGCUUCUGUUCUGGACUCCAGGUGAGGUACACCUGGUAACUGUAGGUAAAUACUGUAUAUAAGAGUCUAAAGUGUGAGGAAGAGAGGAGCCUUUUAUCUGUGCCUGUACUGUAAAGCUCUCCCAAUCCUGGUCUGGGAAGACCCCGGUGUAUGGUGGUUUAUCCUGUGUGUCAGUUUUACAGUACAUUUCAACUGGCUUAUUUGUGAUUGGUGUGAGCUGAACUAACUGUCAAACGAUGUAUUGGAUCCGCUGUCUGCUGGGACUAUUGAAUGUUAAAGUAGUAGGAGCAGCAGCCAACACAAUAUGUAUAUAUAAACAGUAUUAUACGAAGAAAUCAACUGAAGGUUUGUUUUGUUGAUCAUCAAAUCUCACUCCACAAGGGAAACAAAGGACCAGAAUUAGGAGACAGUGUUUCUAACAGCACUCAUCUCUUUUGAACAGAGCCCCUCUCCCUGGCCCUGAGUCCGCCUGUUAUGUUUCCUGGUCUGCAUCCAAAAUGGCACCUAUUGCAGAGUGCACUAUUUUUGACCAGGACCCUAUGGAUGCUGUUCAAAAGUCAUGCACUAUAAAGGGAAUAGGGUGCCAUUU